GGGGGCGCCUGCGAAACUCACCGCCACCACCUUUCCUUGCCAUUUCAAUGCAAAACCUCAACCACUCCACCCCUUAGCCAGCCUUGCAAAAAAAAAAAAGCAAACCUCAAUUUCACAGCUUACCUGUCUCUGCCUGCCUGCCUUCCUGCCUUCCUCCUCCUCCUUCUCCUGGCCCAACCCAUCUUGCAGAGGAAGAGGGCGAUCAGGUCAGGAAUGUUUUGAAGGGAGCAGUUGAUUUCGCUCGCUCUCUUUCCUCCCCUCCCCCUCCUCCAGUCCAUCCACUUUGGGAGCACUUUCGCUUUGCUGGGGAGAAAGUGCCCCCAACUCCCGAGGAGAACUUUCCCUGCGCCUGGGAAAAGGAGUUUGCAACGCCGCCGCGGUGAGUUUCUGAUGGGCGCCACCUGCAAGUCCCAGUAAAAAUCAGGAAUUGCCUGCGCGGGUGAAGAUCUUGCAGACAAGAUUCCACCAUGGUGAGUGUUUUCGCUUUUCCUUGGAAACAGAUUCUGGAUCUUCUGCCUUUCCACCCCCCCUUCCUCGUUUUCCUCCCUCCUCGUUUCGUUGGGUCAAGCUGAGCGCCCAGCCAACUUCCCUCCAGCCCCCACCACCAUAAAAGAAAAAGUUGGAUCAAGUUUCUCUUUCCGUAGCAAAUCCUGAACUUCUUUUGAUUUUCUUUCCCGCCUCCCUAUAUAAAAAAAAGAGGCCCCGAUUCUCAUGUUCAACUUGUUUGCAGGACGUUCUGGUCCAAAAAAUGCGCGCCUGAAUUAAAUUAAUGGGCAUCUUGACCGUAGAUCUUAGUGACACUUCUAGAAAGAAUGUUGAAAUGGGCCGGUUUCUAUUUAGCCUCCGAUUUAGCAACAGGUGACCCUGCAGAACAAAUGCAAUUAUAUUUCACAGCAUAAUCCUAUGUACUGUCUACACAGAAGUAAGUCCCACUGUAUUCAAUGGAGUUUACUCCUAAAUAAGAAUGUGUAUUCUUAUUCAAAUCAUUGACGGUAGAUCUUAGCUGUUGGGGGGAAAUGUUUCUAUUGUUUCAAAAAGGUAUUGUUUGGAAAUGGAAAUAAUCUUUGCAAUUUAAGAGAGGGGACAAUUUUUCAAACAGUAUGGAGGCAACUGCUUUCAAGUCCCCUGGAUGCACUUUUGAUAUAAUUUUAAUUGAUAGGUGCUUAAAUUUCAUUGGAAUGCCUUCUGUCACAAGGUCUGUCUUUAGAUUUUCCCAACAAAUUCAGGCUCCAUGGCAUAUCCUUCAGUCGAUAUUUUUGGGCUGCGUUUAUACCAUACAUUUAAAGCUAGCACAGAGAGAGAGAGUGAAAGAAUCGUGGGCGAUAUACUUUACUCCUUACUGCUCUAUAGUUCCCAGCAUCCUUUACGAGCUACAUUUCCCUGGAUUUUUAAGAGUAGGAAAAUGUGCUUUCAUUAAUGAAUAAUAAUAAUAAUAAUAAUAAUAAUAAUAAUAUUUUAUUUAUAUCCCACCCUCCCCAGCCGGAGCCAGGCUCAGAAUGAAGAGUUCUCCAGAACCUUAAAAUAAAAAACUUGCUCUUUUGUCACAUUUUAGUUGGCCUAAUCAUCUUCCUCUUUCCCCGGGGGCUUCCUUAAACUGAGGCUGAAUCACCUUCCGAAUUGCAGCUUAGAGAAACUUCAGAUCAGAAAUAGCUGAAGAAGGCUUUAGGUUUCCUAUCUGAGCAGUUCUUGGAAGGAGUGGCACUGGGGCGGGAAGUUUCCCUCUUGCAGUUUUAGAAACAGCCCGAGAGAGGUGAUAAUCCAGAAAGGACCAUCUCCCUCCUGGCUUUUCUUGUGGGCUAGUGAACUGCCCAUCAAAUUGAUGGCUGGCAUACUUCUGCCCUCCAGUUUCCCCUAUUUACCAGGAAGAGUUCCUGUUUUCUGAGCCCUGUUCCUGGUAAAUCGCUGUUUAUUUUUGGUGGCGGCUUUUUAGAACAAAGUUGUGAAUGCUUAACCCAUCACCCCUCCGCUUAAUAACUUAACCCACACCCCUAUAACCCAAUAACUGCCUAUCUACAUAGUUGUUGCUGAAAUAAUAAUGUUUCAAAGCUUCCAGAACCCCAGCAUAUGGGAGUAUGUAUUCCACAGAGUGCUGCCUUUGACUGAAUCAGAUCACUGAUUCUUGAAUUGCAUGGGGUUGGACUAGAUCCCUUGGGAUCCCUCCCAACUCUACAAUCCUAUGAUUGGUCCAUGCAAAAUCAGUGUUACUUACAAUGGCUGGCAGCUGAUCUCCUGAGUUUCUGACAGGGGUCUUUCCUAGGGAAAUGCUUGUCGUUGAACCUGCUCUACCGUUGAGUUGCAGUCAUUUCCCUAAAAAUAAAGCGAGAGGCUAGUCCUCAUUGUUCUGAAGAAAGGACUGAUUUAAACAGGAACAGAGGGAACUGCUUUACAGUCAUACCUCAGGUUGAAUAUGCUUCAGGUUGAGCGCUUUUGGGUUGCGCUCCGCGGCGACCUGGAAGUAACGGAACGCAUUACUUCUGGGUUUUGCCACUCGCACAUGCGCAGACAGUCAAAAUGACGUCACACGCAUGCACAGAAGCGGUGAAUCACGACCCGCGCAUGCGUAGAUGCGCAGUCGCAGGUUGUGUUCGCUUCAGGAUGCGAACAGGGCUCUGAAACGGAUCCCGUUCGCAUCCUGAGGUACCACUGUAUUAGGGUGUGGAACUUUAUUUUUUCAGUUUUUUUCAGUGAGGAGUCUUAAAAAUAUGUUUUUGGUUGUGAGGGAUUCAAAUUAUUAUUUUUGCGAAUGGACACCAUUUAGCUUGGCAAAUCUACAUUUGAUGAAGAAGCACAUAAUAUGCUUUCAGGAAGCCAAAGAAUUUUCAUUCUACCUUUUGAAAAUGUCAGGUAAUGCUAAAUAACAAGAGGAGGAGGAGAACUUCAGCCGUUUUCAAUAAUUUUUGUGCAAUUCUGCACACAUAUUACUUUUGAAGCAAAACUAAAUUAUAUCAAUUCAACCAAAAUUUCUUGAAUUCCCAAGUCAUGCUACAGCUUUUUAGCAGCGUUCAUUUUUGGAAGUUGAAAGCUAAAAAAUCCAACACACCCUCCUGCUGUCGUCGCUCACUACUGUCAACACUGACAGGCAGCAUUUCCUGGGGAGACAAGGAGCCUCUCUCUCUGCCCUACCUGGGGAUGCCAGUAGGGCCUGAAGCUGGGAGGGCAGAGAUCCUCACCAAUAGGGGCAGGUCUGUAGCUCCGUGGUAGAGCCUCUGCUUUGCAUACAUCUCCAGGUGAGAUGCUGGGACGCGGGUGGCGCUGUGGGUUAAAUCACAGAGCCUAGGGCUUGCCAAUCAGAAGGUCGGCGGUUUGAAUCCCCGCGACGGGGUGAGCUCCCGUUGCUCGGUCCCCGCUCCUGCCAACCUAGCAGUUCGAAAGCACGUCAAAGUGCAAGUAGAUAAAUAGGUACCGCUCCAGCGGGAAGGUCAACGGUGUUUCCGUGCGCUGCUCUGGUUCGCCAGAAGCGGCUUAGUCCUGCUGGCCACAUGACCCGGAAGCUGUACGCCAGCUCCCUCGGCCAAUAAAGCGAGAUGAGCGCCGCAACCCCAGAGUCAGCCACGACUGGACCUAAUGGUCAGGGGUCCCUUUACCUUAUACCAGGUGAAAUGGGGAGGGGCAUGAAAAAGACUCCCUGUCUGAAACGCUGGAGAGCUGCUGCCAGUCAGUGUGAACAGUAUUGUGCUAGAUGGGCCCCAGUGGUCUGACUCCGUAGAAGGCAGCCUCCUGCGUUUGUACACAAUUCAGCCCUCUGUUCAGAACCAUGAGGACUAGAAUCUUGCUUAGUUUUUAGGGGAUGGGCUGGAGCUCCUGGGAAUGUCCCUGGCCUGAAACCCCGGAGAGCCGCUGGCAGUCAGUGCAGACAGUACUGUGCUAGAUGGGCUGGUGGCCUGACAAGGCAACUUCCUGGGAAUUUGUGGGCAUGCCCGUGGGUUUGCCGCAAGGAUUCGCGCACCGGAGGUGACACAAUCUUGCGUGCGGAUGCAUCAGCAAGUGAGGGAGCCACUGGGACCGAUGGCAAGCCAUGUGUGCGCCCCACCAAGUCUCAGUUUCCGGCCACAUGGUGCGUGGUUUGGGAGCUGCACGGUCAGGGGAAAAACAACGCUGUCCAGGGUUGUAUAGACUGUGGAGAGAAUAAUUGGGUGCACUCUUCCCACCUUGGAUCAAAUCGAUGCUUCCAGGUGUCAUAAGAAAGCUGCAGAGAUAGCGCAGGAUAGUGCGCACCCCGGAAAUGAUCUCUUUCAGCUUCUGCCUUCUGGAAGAAAGUACAGGGUUAUAAAGACUAGGACUAGCUGCCUGGGAAACAGUUUCUAUCCAAAUGCGAUUUUGGUUUUAAAUGGAGUCUCUAUGGGAGUAUAUUGUAUUUAAUUAUGGGGUAUCAGGACGUGGGUGGCACUGUGGGUUAAACCACAGAGCCUAGGACUUGCCGAUCAGAAGGUCAGCGGUUCGAAUCCCCCUGACGGGGUGAGCUCCUGUUGCUCGGUCCCUGCUCCUGCCAACCUAGCAGUUUGAAAGCACCUCAAAGUUCAAGUAGAUAAAUAGGUUCCGCUCCGGCGGGAAGGUAAACGGUGUUUCCAUGCACUGCUCUGGUUCGCCAGAAGCGGCUUAGUCAUGCUGGCCACAUGACCCGGAAGCUGUACGCCGGCUCCCUUGGCCAAUAAAGCGAGAUGAGUGCCGCAACCCCAGAGUCGGCCACGACUGGACCUAAUGGUCAGGGCUCCCUUUACCUUUAUCUUAACCAGGCUGGGAUAGCAGGCUUGUUGGUUUUUGAAUGUUGUUGUUUUUUUCUUUUCAGUUUCGUUGUUCUGUAUGGGACAAUGACAAUAAAGAUUCUCGUAUCGUAUGGGUGGGAGGCAACUAUGAGGAAGCGAUGAAAUGCAGCGAAAUUGUACUAUGCCCUUGCGACUCUGUUUAGCUCCGUUUCCCCCUGAGUGAAGCAAACCCCUCGUAGCCAUGCCAGCGGGGUUAAUGGUUAACUUCUUCUGCGGGGGUGUGAUUCUGACACCCUACGUGGGUGUGUUUAGAAGUGGGUGGGGAAAUCCCUUGUGCCACCCUGCCCAGCGGAGCCCUUGCAGGAAAAAUUAGGCAGGACCAGGCUUGAUGGAGAAGCCUUUGGAAUGCCCCCCCCGGGGGGUGCAGUGAAUCAGCCUCUUUGGUUCCUCCUCUCUCCCAUCCCCCCACCCAUGUGCUUCAUUUAUUCCUUCCCCCACAACUAGGUGACCAUGCACGAAGCCAGCCCAGGUCUGAUUCAGCGGGGCGAGGCCUUCUCGAUACCGGUGGGUGAUGUCAGCUUGCUUGAGGUUGCCUUCUACGCUGCCUGUUCCCCGAGAGGUGAUACUCUGGGUGACCCAUAGGCAAUUUGGCCUCCUUGGAUCAGGGAUCGUGCCCACGUUUGUUUGGGUUUUUUUAACGCAAAGAAAUAAAAACUACAUUUUGAUUCUGUUGUAAACAAAAGCUGCCCUUUUCCCCUUUUUGGGGUAUCCAAAAGCCCGUAUAGAGUCCUUACUUCUUCUUACUUCUGUGCUUAAACAGAUAAAUCUACACCUGAGUAAGUUUCCUUUAACAAGGAAACUGCAAAAGGGGGGGGGUGUUUGCUAAAGGUACCCCCCCAUCUCACUUUCCUAUGUGUGGUUAUUUUAAUUCCUAAAAUAGGCUUAAUAUUCCUAUUCAAGUACAGUGGUACCUCGGGUUACAGACGCUGUAGUUUACAGACGCUUCAGGUUACAGACUCCGCUAACCCAGAAAUAGUGCUCCAGGUUAAGAACUUUGCUUCAGGAUGAGAACAGAAAUUGUGCAGCGGUGACAAGGCAGCAGCAGGAGGCUCCAUUAGCUAAAGCAGUACCUCAUGUUAAGAACAGUUUCAGGUUAAGAACGGACCUCCAGAACGAAUUAAGUUCUUAACCCGAGGUACCACUGUACAAAAAAAUUGUUCAAUUGUUCACUUUUGUAUUCCGUUUAAAUCACUUCCUUUCUGAGAAAGGUCCCUGAAAGACAUAGGGUGGGCCCACACUCCAUCCCAUACCCUGGAAUCCCAACUCACACAUUUAAAGCAUCCCAAACAAUCUUGGGAACUGUAGUUUGUUUGCCAUGCUGGCAGCUGAGAAUUGGACGCCAGCAAUAUCUGGGGGGCCACGAAUGUUCCUCUUGAGGGCCAUGGGGCUAUCCUCCCGAGGCCCAACAAGGAAGGAAAAGAGCUGGUCACAUGCAGAUGUUUCAGUAGGGGGUUCCUGCCCAGAGGGGGCAGCAAGGAAUAUUGGGCAUAGGGGCCGAGAGUCUUCCAGUGUCCUGGAGUUUCGCAGGCAAAUGUGAUGGGGAGAAUGCCAGCGAUAAAGGCAGAAAGGUGAUUGUUACCCACAUUUGUUAAGCAGAACUUCCAUGUCCUCCCGCAGUAUACCAGAUGACAUAUCAGCCCGCGUGGAAGUAGGUUGUGCAGGCGCUGGGUGUUAAAUCAUUGCAGUCUACAGAUGUCGUCAGGGUGGAGCUGUGUUUGCACGGCAAAUAACGCCUUACAUUCCUUCCACGCAGGCCUGGAAUUUGGAGGGAAGGACACUUCAGACUCUGAAUUCUUCUGCCGUGGUUCGGAAACGGUUUUCGUGGCACAAGUUUGCAGUCUCCACCUGGAGAUGGGGUCUCGUGUCCCGGAAUGCUUUUGUGGCAGAAGAGCGGGCGAUCGAGUUUGGUUUGGUGUUUCGCCCCAUCGUUAUCGCUGCCAAACUCUUUCACCUGGGAGUUUUCCCCCUGAGGCGGAAAGGGAAUCUUGGAGACUCCCAAGCAGAGUUAAUGAGCGAGAGAGAGAGCUGACGGAGGAGCAGGUUUCGCAACCGAGACAGAGAGUUCCGCGCCCAGGCUGCGCAGAAGGAAAUAAAGGGGUGCAGGCGAUCGCUUGGAAGGCAAGAAACUAUGGAGGCCCAGUGUGCUUUGGGAAGGGAAGAAGACUUGAUGAUCAUAUUGUUACACAUUCACCCCAUAUACAGUGGUACCUCGGUUUAAGAACGGCCCUUUUUAUGAACUACAGUCAUACCUCGGGUUACAGACCCUUCGGGUUGUGCGAUUUCGGGUUGCGCACUGCGCCAAACCCAGAAGUAGUGGAACGGGUUACUUCCGGGUUUUGGUGCUUACGCAUGCGCAGGAGCACUAAAUUGUGCAUGCGCAGGAGCACUAAAUUGUGCAUGUGCAGGAGCGCCAAAUUGCAACCCGCACGUGCGCAGACGCGGCGCUGCGGGUUGUGAACGUGCUUCCUGCAUGGAUCACGUUCGCAACCUGAGUGUCCACAGUACAGUGGUACCUCGGGUUACAUACGCUUCAGGUUACAGACUCCGCUAACCCAGAAAUAGUGCUUCAGGUUAAGAACUUUGCUUCAGGAUGAGAACAGAAAUCGUGCUCUGGCGGUGCGGCGGCAGCGGGAGGCCCCAUUAGCUAGAGUGGUGCUUCAGGUUAAGAACAGCUUCAGGUUAAGAACGGACCUCUGGAACGAAUUAAGUACUUAACCCGAGGUAUUCGGUUUACAAACUCUGCAAAACCAAAAGUGGUGUCCCAGUUUGUGAACUUUACCUCACUCUAAGAACAAAAGCUGAACGGUGGAAGGGCACCGGCAGCGGGAGGCCUCGUUAGGGAAAGUGCGCCUCAGCUUAAGAACGGUUUUGGUUCAAGAACGGACUUCCGGAACGGAUUAAGUUCAUAAACCAAGGUACCACUGUGUACAACAUGAACGCAAGAUAGACUGUCUCACAGCAUUAACACCCGAAAAGAUCUGGCUUUUCCAUUAGUCGCAGCUUAGGAUCCAGUACAGAUCAAGCAUGUCUCUGUGUCUCCAGCUUCCAACCUGCUUCCAGCUCAGCUGUCACUCACUAAAGACACUUAAGUGGACAGCCGUAGUCAUUGCCUUACAAAUAAACUUGUCUGACUAGUUCAGUGAUAGAAUCCUCUGUUGAUAAACCUCACUGUGGAGAGGACUCCAAGAAUUGGGAGGAACUCGGGGCAUCAUCCAGACUCCCCCCCCCCCCAAAAAAAAUCACCCAUCCCUAAAACAAUGUGUACAUUUACUCAGAAAUACGCCCUGUUGAGUUCAGUAGGGCAGCCUUACUCCCAAGCGAGUGCUGCCUAGGAUAUUACCCUGAAUUUCCAAAUGGAAUAGUUUGGGAGCUAAAGGGAGUCUCAGUCAUGCUGCCUUAAAGUCCCAGAGGUAGCAGGAUGGAGUGCGAAGUCUCGGCAAGGAUGGCGCAUGUAGCAAACAAAAUGUAAUAAUAAUAAUAAUAAUUUUUAUUUAUACCCCGCCCUCCCCAGCCAAGGCUCAGGGCGGCUAACAAGCAAUAAUAAAAACAAGUUGAAUGAAUACAACUUAAAAACAAGAUUAAAAUACAACAUUAAAAUAUUGAAACAUUAAAAUAUUAAAAUGCAGCCUCAUCACAGGAGGAGAAAGGAAAAAGAAAAAAGAGGGGGAGGGAAUCAAAUUGGCUCCAAUUCAAAGACCAGGUGGAACAACUCUGUCUUACAGGCCCUGCGGAAAGAAAUCAGAUCCUGCAGGGCCCUGGUCUCAUGAGGCAGAGCGUUCCACCAGGCCGGAGCCAGUGCUGAGAAGGCCCUGCCUCUGGUUGAGGCUAAUCUGACUUCCUUAGGGCCCGGGACCACUAGGGUGUUGCUAUUUAUGGACCUUGAGGCUCUCUGUGGGGCAUACCGGGAGAGGCAGUCCCAUAGGUACGAGGGUCCUAGGCCGUGAAGGGCUUUAAAGGUCAAAACCAGCACCUUAAAUCUGACCCUGUACUCCACCGGGAGCCAGUGCAGCUGGUAAAGCACUGGGUGAAUAUGCUAUAUGAAUGUAGUGUCAUGUUGGGGUUAGUGUGUGUGUGUGUGUGUGUGUGUGUGUGUGUGUGUAUGUACGUUCCAAACUUCUUGGGGCUGACAUGCAUGCAGACAGCGCUUUAUUUCAUCUUCCCAACAUAAUCUUACCUGUUAAUUGCUGCGUUUCUAUGUGAUCUCCCCACGCGGUGCAAAAAAAACCCCUCUACUGGAAAUCUAGCAGAAAACCCUAGCGCUCAUUUUUGUGUUGAUCGUUUCCAGACAAUAUAUCUUUGCAAACCUGGAAUAUUGCAGGGGUUUUGUGUGGUAUGUUUCCUGCAGUUUUUCCCCCAUGGCUCCCACCCUGCUGUUCACAUGAUGAAAUUUCAGGCGAAUUGCAGCAGAAGAGAAGUGGGCCUGUGCAGAAAGGGCGGGAGAGCGGAGGCAUAGUUAAACUGUGGAACUCCCUUCCACAGUAGGCAACGAUGGCCGUCCUCUCGGAUGGUUUUGAAGGACGAUUGGGCGACUUCACGGACGAGAGCAGCUAAUGAUGGCUGCUUCUCCGUCUGGAGACAGCUGGAGACACCAAUGCUUCUGAAAACCUGUGGCUGGAAUGCGCAGGAGGGGAGAGCGCUCUUGUGUUCGAAUCCUGAUUGCGAGUUUCCCAAAAGAGGCAUCUGCUUUGGCCAAUGUGAGUAUAUACACAAAGCAUCAAAUGUGGUGACGGUAAUAAUAAUGCAACAAAACAACAACACCACAAACUGGCUUAUAAGUAUAAAACCAAAUUUACUAGAAUAAUAACUAGAAUAGAGAUAGGCUUGUAACCAUUCAAGCAACAGACAUACUAAGGUGCCAUGUGCAAAACAAAGCCUGGAGAUACUGUAAAUAUGGAGUGUGUAAAUGUACAACUCUAUCUUAACAAGUUACAUGUGCAAUAAACAUUAUACAGACUGGAUAAAUGAACCGUUCAACAAGUAGUCCACUUGCUUUGUGUUUCCAACUCAAGACCCAUUGAAGAACAUCUCAUCCAGUUCAAUCUUUGAAAAACAGCUUUGAAAAGCUUUUUCAUGUUCUCCAGUGUGCUACCCUUGCCAUUGUGGCGGCACGGGGUUGCCGUUCUGUGAUUGGACUUGCGCUACUUGUUGAACGGUUCAUUUAUCCAGGCUGUAUAACGUUUAUUGCACAUGUAACUUGUUAAGAUACAGCUGUACAUUUAUCCACUCCAUGUUUACAGUAUCUCCAGGCUUUGUUUUGCACAUGGCACCUGAGGAUGGCCAAUGUGAGGACAGGAUGCUGGACAAGAUGGGCCUGAUCCGGCAGGCCUGCUGGUGCGAAGGAAAUUUAGCGUGAGAGAGACCUACAGUUCCAUAACCCUACAGAUAAAGGUAAAGGGACCCCUGACCGCUUUACUGGCCGAGGGAGCCGGCGUUCAGCUUCCGGGUCAUGUGGCCAGCAUGACUAAGCCGCUUCCGGCGAACCAGAGCAGCGCACGGAAACGCCGUUUGCCUUCCCGCCGGAGCGGUACCUAUUUAUCUACUUGCACUGGUGUGCUUUUGAACUGCUAGGUGGGCAGGAGCAGGGAGCGAACAACGGGAGCUCCCUCCGUCGCGGGGAUUCAAACUGCCGACCUUCAGAUCGGCAAUUCCUAGGCUCUGUGGUUUAACCCACAACGCCACCUGCGUCCCAACCCUACAGAUACCUUGGGGCAAAAGGACAGAAGCUGUGGCAGAAUUUCCAGGCAAACAAAUGCAAUUAAAGCUCAUGUCGGAAGGCAGCCUUGGGUUUGUGGCAAUGGCGGCUGCCAGGCAGCGUGGGCACCACAACCACCGCGUGGCAAGCGAGUCUCUGGGCUGCCCCGAGUGAAGAUGGCAGGCCUGUGUGCCACAGAAAAGGAGGCCCCUGCCAGCGCCAGCCUUGCCAACGCCUUUGUCCCCUUCUCAAGCACCGCCGGGCCUACGCCGUUGCCCAUGGCAACCAAGCCUGGACCUGGCAACUCCGGUCCUGUUUUGUGAUUAAAAAGGCACCCAUCUUGUGCCCUUUAGUGGCGGCGAUGACGGGAGAUGUCAACCCUCGUCUUCCUUCGGCUGUAGACUGCUUUGAGCACAGCGGUUAUUAAAAGGGAAAAGGGAAAAAAACAGGUUUGAAACCAGAUGUGGCACAAUCCUGAGAACACGGCAAAAAGGGAGGGGGGAAGGGAGGGGAGAUCUUUCUCCGAAGAGCCGCAAGUCAGAGGUGCACUCGGCACAUGCUCGGGUAAACCCUCUCCAUUUAUGCUGGUUCUGGAAGAAUGAAGCCAGGGUGCAUCCACACAGUCUGCACCCUGGGAACGUUAGUUUGUUAAAAAGCACUGGAAAUUGUGGCGCGAGGGGGGGAAACGGUUCCCAGGAUCCUCUGUAGGAAGCCAUGCGCUUUAAAUGUACGGAGUUGAAUGUAUCUGCAGAACGAUGGCAGGCUCCCUAGAGAGGGCCAAAUUGCGGAGGUCUUUUUUUUUUUUUGCUGUUAAUUCUGCAGUUCCAGCAAUAUCCUUGUGGUAGACGUAGUUGCAGGUUAUGGUAAUGAGGGCAAGGGAUGCACUGAAAAUUUAAAUGGGGACUUUCCCCCCUUUUUUAAAAAAAAGGAAACUUAAACUUCUUAGGUUUAAGUUUAGGGCAUCCCUGAGAGAAGUUUGCAUGACAAAGCCCAGCCCUCAUGGUCAAAUUCCGGUCAAAUUCCACUCGCUGUGUGACUGAGGCCAAGCGUUGGAAUUCGAACUCGGUUCUGGAGUUUAUUAUGCCUGCUCCCCCUCCAUCUCUCCUUCCUUUGGGGGGGGUAUUGUUGAUAAUAAUUGCACCCCCUUUUUCUUCUACAGCUGCCUCGCUUCAUUUUGGGGUGUGGCCGUGGGAGAAUUGCCCCCCUUUUUGAGUCCUGCAUGGGGCUGUAUUUUUCUCUCUCUUGCUUCCAGACUGCCCAUCCUUUCUCCACUCUGAGAUGGCGACUGUGCCCCUUGCUUUUCUCUUCCCCUCGAUCCUGGCACGUCGCCUGGCAACCGGCAUUGUCUCAGCCAGCUUGGGAGGAAAGAAGCCUUAGCAACGGGCCUUUUCUAAAGUUUGCAAAAAUUUGCACACACACUCACAGAAAAAGACCACCCAAGUUUGGUGGUGCGAAAGAAAUUUGUAGUCCCUGAUUUUAUUUUAUUUUUUGGUGGGGGACAAGGGCUAGCCAAUGCAGUUUUGAAGACAUUAGUAGGGCCCGAUUGCCUGGUAUAUUUAAAACAAAAACAAAAACCUUUCAAAGAGUGUAAGAAGAAGGCGAAAUGUCUAAGCUCCCUUCACCUCAAAGUUUAGUUCCGUUUAUUUCUCCCAGAGAGGUCUGUUGAUGGGCCUCAACGAAGUCCAUUUCUCUGCUGUUUAUUAAUUUAUGCAAAAGGUUUUUAAAAGCGGUUUUCUGUGUUCCUGUUCCUGUUGUGUUUAUGUUAGCCCUUUAUUCAGAAAAACAAACAAACAAGAGAAAGUGUUCCCUGAUCUGUUCCAAUAAAGGCCAAAAAAUAAUAAUGAAGUUAAAAAGCAAAGUUGGUAGCCUGUGAUUAAAUUACAAAUCUAUAAUUUCUAAUUUAAAAUGCAAUUAUAUAAAAACUAUCUCAUACCCAAACGAACCAGGAAAUUUGCGUGUAAUGAUAUUCCAGUGUCAACGAGUUGAAAAAAUAUAUGAGACAAGUAUCUUCUGAAACAUAUCAAAACCAGACACACUUCGACUAUGAAGUCUUCAGAUAAAUGUGGGAGCACAUUGACUUGAGUCCAGAGCCAUGGAAAUGUUUGCAAUCCACUUCAAUGAAAAAUUCUCUUACCAACUGAAAAAUAUAGACCUUUUCGUCUUCCUAAAUACAUCAUUUGGCCAGACCCCCCCCCCCCAAAUAUAUUUUUCUCCAAACAAUGAAUAUUUUUGUACAGACAAGUUGCUCCCCUUAGAACCAUGAGGACUAGAAUCUUUCAAUUAUUUUUUAAGGGAGUGUCCACAUCUCAGUGGUAGAGCCCACUGGUUGGACACAGAAGUUCCCUGAUUCAGCAUCUCCAGGCUGGGACGGACUCCAUCUCCAAAACCCUGAAAAGCUGAUGUCAGUCAAUGUAGUCAGGACCAAGCUAGAUGGAUCAGUAGUCUGACAUGAUAAAAAGCAUCUUCCUGUCUUCCUUUUUUUUUUAAAUAACUUUUAUUCAAAAUUAAAACAAAACAUAUUAUCCAGAAACAUAUCAUCCUUAUUUCCCCCCCCCAUUUUCCCUCCCUUCCCUACAGAACCCACCCACCCCCACCCCCUGACUUCCCUCAGUUCCAGUCUUUGAUUUCUCUAAAAAUGCUGUUUUCUGCAUGUUACACAGUUGUAUAAAUCCUCAAACUAUUUAGCUGAUUAUUAUCAAUAAAAAGUUUGUGAAUGUUUAUUCAAAACCGGCCAAGGAGUCCAGUUCGCUUCAGAUACUUUGUAAAGGGUUCCCAUUCAUGUUUAAAGUCAGUUAUCCUUGUCCCGUAGCUUAUAUGUCAGUUUUGCCAGUUCUGCAUAGUCCAUCAAUUUUUCUUGCCAUGAUUCUUUAAUUGGGGUUUCUUCAGUCUUCCAUCCUUGUGCUAUUAAAACUCUCGCGGCCGUUGUCUGAUAGAUGAAGAUGUUUUUCAGCUUUUUUGGCAGAUCUUUCCCUACAAUCCCUAAUGAAAAUGCUUCAGGUUUUUUAACAAAUGUUAAAUGGAACAUUUUCUUCAAUUCAUUGUAUAUCAUUUCCCAAAUUUUUUAAAUUACCCUACAAUCCCACCACAUAUGAUAAAAUGUCCCCUCCUUUUCCUCAUCUUCCUGUCUUCCUAUUCUUUCAGCCCUUUAUUUACAGUGAUGAGGACUAGAACAGGGGUCAGUAACCUAAGGCCCAUGGGCCCGAAGUGGCCUGCAAAGGUCGUUUGACCAGCCCACAAGCUGCCCCUGAACUGAGUUGCCUGCUUGUGCUCUGCGCUAAAACGGCGCAGCUUCCGCAGUGUUGGAAAUCACAUCUGCGCAUGCACAGACGCCGAAAAUCGUGUCUGCGCAUACACAGAUGCCAAAAAUCGCGGGCAGGCCCAAUCUCCGCGGAACCGAUCCGGCCCAGGAAAGAUAAACCUUGCUGACCGCUGGACUAAAAGCUUACUUACAAUACUGAGCUAGAUGAACCAGCAGUCUGGCUCGGUUUAAGGUGGAUUCCUCUGUUUUUGUUAUGUACUGAAUUUUUGAGGCUGGACGUUUGUGGUUUAUUUUCACUGGCUGUUAAACAACUUGAUUAUUCCAUAUUGCCAAGAAUGCUGUUUUUGUUUCAAACACUGCAAAUUUUGGACAAAAUGGACUGUUUCAAGAAGUGGCAGAGAGAUAUCUCUAGAUUUGUCUGGCAGGGCAAGAAGCCUCGUAUAAAAAUUAAGAUAUUAACAGAUGCUUAAGAAAGAGGUGGAUUUGCCCUGCCAGACCUUAAACUUUAUUAUGAAUCAGCCGCAUUUUGUUGGCUGAGAGAAUGGAUGCUUCUUGAAAACAUGGAUGUGUUGGAUUUGGAAGGUUUCAAUAAUGUAUUUGGUUGGCAUGCAUAUUUGUGGUAUGAUAAGGUUAAAGCACGCAAAGCGUUCAUAUUGUCAGAAAAGCACUGUUUAAUGUUUGGAUAAGAUAUAAGGAUUUGUUAGAAAAUAAAACCCCAAGAUGGUUGUCACCAAUGGAAGCAAAGGCUCAGAAAAAACUCAAUAUGGAGGCCAAAUGGCCGAAGUAUUGGGAAAUUUUGGAACAAGAGGGUAACAGAUUAAAACUGCAGAGUUUUGAAAAAUUAAAAAACAGAGUACAAGAUUGGCUCCAUUAUUAUCAGAUAAUGGAGGCAUAUAACUUGGACAAAAAAUUAGGCUUCCAGGUGGAAAAAUCAAAAUUGGAAACAGAAUUGUUAGACCCUAAAGUUAAGAAUUUGUCAAGAAUGUAUAACUUGCUGUUGAAAUGGAAUACUCAAGAUGAAACGGUGAAAUCUGCUAUGAUUAAAUGGGCACAAGAUGUUGGACAUAAUAUUAUGAUGGCUGACUGGGAACAGUUCUGGACCACUGGUAUGAAGUUUACGGCAUGUAAUGCCUUAAAAGAGAAUUUAAUGAAAAUGAUCUGCAGGUGGUACAUAACACCAGUCAAGCUUGCAAAAAUCUAUCAUCUGCCCGAUAACAAAUGUUGGAAAUGUAAUGAAACUGAAGGCACAUUCUUUCACCUUUGGUGGACAUGCCCAAAGAUUAAGGCAUUCUGGGAGAUGAUCUAUAAUGAAUUGAAAAAGGUAUUUAAAUAUACCUUCCUGAAGAAACCAGAGGCCUUUCUCCUGGGCAUGGUCGGCCAAUUGGUGCCAAGGAAAGAUAGGAUUUUCUUUAUGUACGGCACAACAGCAGCAAGAAUACUUAUCGCAAAGUAUUGGAAGACACAAGAUCUACCCACCAGGGAAGAAUGGCAGAUGAAGCUGAUGGACUACAUGGAACUGGCGGAAAUGACUGGCAGAAUCCGAGACCAGGGAGAAGAGUCGGUGGAAGAAGACUGGAAAAAAAUUAAAGUAUAUUUACAAAAACAUUGCAAAAUUAAUGAAUGUUAGAAGGAUGCUGGAAUGAAGUUAUAUGGUUUUAGCAGAAAUGUAAUAAAGAAUUAAGUAAAAGCUGAUUGAUAAUGGGCCAAAAUGAAAAAAUUUAAGGUUAGACCGUUAAGAUAAAUUAUAGAACAAAAAUUGAGAAAGAUGGAAAGAAUUUGCUGAAAUAGUUAAUUGAACUAGAAUACAAAAAAGGGAGGUGUGAGGAGGUCGAUGAAAUAAGUAAAUGAAAGGUAAAGAUGCGGAAUAUUGGAUGUGUGUUUUAGUGUUUUUUAGUGUUUUUGUUUCUUUUUGCUGUAUUGUUGUAUCCUUUUUUUGUUUUUCUUUUUAUGUAUUGUAAUGUAUGUUCUGUAUGUUCUGUUAAUUUUUUUAUCGUUUUCCUUUUUUCUUUUUUCUGUAAUUUUUAAAUUUCCAAUAAAUAUCAUUUUUUAAAAAACCAAACAACUUGAUUAUUCUUAUGCUAUCUUGUAUUUAAUCGUUUACCGCCUCAGGAAUAUUUAUCUCCUUUCAAGACAGCGUAAAAAUAUUUUUACUGCUACUAAUAAUAAUGUUUUAGAUAAUAUUAAAUUACAACAUCAUCCUUUGGAAUUCUUUCCCUCUGUGUUCUUUUUGGCACCAGCAAAACUUCUUAAAGAUCUUUCCUGUUUUGCACCUUUGCUGGUAUUGUUUUUAAGGUGUCCUGAUCGCUAGUGCACUUGCUGCCCUGGGCUCCUUUUGGGGAGAAGGAUGCCUGGAUAUAAUUCAAUAAACACAACUGUUAAUAAUACUCUCCUUCCCCAGGUCAGCAAAGAGCGGUAUCACUGGCAGACCCAGAAUGUCAAGCAGACUGGAGUGGAUGACAUGGUCCUCCUGUCCAAGAUCAAUGAGGAUGCCAUCGUGGAGAACCUCAAGAAGCGGUUCAUGGAUGACUAUAUAUUUGUAUCCCUUUACACGUGUUGGGUUUUUUUGUGGGGAGGGCCCUAGUCAGCCUUGAGUAAAGGCUCUGACCAGUUUCUUUGGGGGGGAAGAAUUGAGGUGAGGACCCUCUUUUUCCUCACCUCAAUCGCAAUCAGCAGCUCCAGGGCAGGUAUGAUGGGAUUCUGGCAGAAAUUUGCUGAUAUCCGCUUAUUUGUGUCCGGAACGGAAAUUGAUGCGGCGAAUGCGAUAGGUGUUUGCUGCUACUGCUGCUACUGCAGUUAAUGGAUUGAGGCUGAAUCCUGACAAGACAGAAGUACUGCUUCUAAGGGGCGGGCAAGUGUGGGGGAUUCCCUGGUCCUGAAUGGGGUAACUGUGCCCCUGAAGGACCAGGUGCACAGCCUGGGAGUCAUUUUGGACUCACAGCUGUCCAUGGAGGCGCAGGUCAAGUCUGUGUCCAGGGCAGCUGUCUACCAGCUCUAUCUGGUACGCAGGAUGAGACCCUCCCUGCCCACAGACUGUCUCACCAGAGUGGUGCAUGCUCUGGUUAUCUCCCGCUUGGACUACUGCAAUGCGCUCUCCGUGGGGCUACCUUUGAAGGUGAUCCGGAAACUACAGCUAAUCCAGAAUGCAGCAGCUAGACUGGUGACGGAGUGGCCACCAGGACCACAUAACACCGGUCCCGAGAGAUCUGCAUUGGCUCUCAGUACGUUUCCGAGCACAAUUCAAAGUGUUGGUGCUGACCUUUAAAGCCAUAAAUGGCCUCAGCCCAGUAUACCUGAAAGAACAUCUUCAUUCCCAUCGUUCAGCCCAGACACUGAGGUCCAGCUCCGAGGGCCUUCUGGCGGUUCCCUCACUGUGAGAAGUGAGUUUACAGGGAACCAGGCAGAGGGCCUUCUCGGUAGUGGUGCUCACACUGUGGAACACCCUCCUGUCAGAUGUCAAGGAAAUAAACACCUGACUUUUAAAUGACAUCUGAAGGCAGCCCUGUAUAGGGAGGUUUUUAAUGCUCGAGGUUUUUUGCGUUUUAAUAUUUUGUUGGAAGCCGCUCUGAUUGGCUUGGGCAACCCAGUCAGAUGGGCGGCAUAUAUAUAAUAUAAUUAUUGUUGUUAUUAUUAUUUAUGGCAUUUAUAAUCUGCCCUAUACCCGGAGGUAUAUUAUUCCAUCUGCAAAUGAUAUUUCAUCGGUCGGGUUUCCGGCCCUCCCGCCAUUUGCAUUGCAAUGAACGAGUAGAAUAAUGCAAUGGCAGCAUAAUUAGUUAUGUAGAUUAUGUCAUUUCACUGCAGCGAGUCAAAUAAUGGAGAAGGUCCAGAUUGUCCUUUGGUCUGAUCCAGCGCCAGGGCUCUGGCUGUUUCAACUGGGAGGGAACCUGCUGGAUUUGACUGUUCACUGAAUUGCCCGCCCACCCUUGUCUUGUUCCUUGUUCCUUGACCCUUGACUUUCAAAACAUAAAAAGACCUACAUUGGUCCUGUCCUGAUUUCCGUGAACCCCUUCAAACAACUGCCCUACUUCACCGACCGCGAGAUCGACAUGUACCAGGGGGCGGUAAGUGACUAGGUUUGCCUUCCUUUUGUUUAUGCAGCUGCCGAGGUGGAGAGUGCCCCUGGGCAUGUGCAGAGUCCCGCUCCCCCUUCUGGUGACACUGGCUUCCCCAGCUUCCCUCAAAGGAACUAUUGGGAUCUGUCAUUUGUAGGAAUUCCAUUUUUCUGAGCCUUGCGCUGACAAUUAAAUGAGAAGUGUACAUUGGCUCCCAGUACAUUUCUGAGCACAAUUCAAAGUGUUGGUGCUGACCUUAAAAGCCCUAAACGGCCUCGGUCCAGUAUACCUGAAGGAGCGUCUUCACUCCCAUCGUUCUACCCGGACACUGAGGUCCAGCUCUGAGGACCUUCUGGCAGUUCCCUCAUUGCGAGAAGCCAAGUUACAGGGAACCAGGCAGAGGGCCUUCUCGGUAGUGGCACCCGCCCUGUGGAACGCCCACCAGAUGUCAAAGAGACUUUUAGAAGACAUCUGAAGGCAGCCAUGUUCAGGGAAGUUUUUAAUGUGUGACAUUUUAAUGUAUUUUUAAUCUUUGUUGGAAACCACCAAGAGUGGCUGGGGAAACCCAGCCAGAUGGGCAGGAUACAAAUAAAAUAAUAAAAUAAUAAUAAUAAUAAUAAUAAUAAUAAUAAUAAUAUUGUCGAGGCACUCUUGGAUUAGAACAGGGCAGGGGAAUAUCUGUGCCUUUGCCCCACCCCGAUAGUGACUCCCCCUCAGAUCAGUCCCAGAAGCCAGCAUGGCCCAACAAGGAGGGAGGAGGAUGGGAGUUAUAGUUCAGCAGCGCCCAGAGGGCCAUAAGUUCCCCAGACCCAUCUCAGAGUCUCAGCUAACCCAGGAAAGCUCUUUUGAAUACCAAAGCAACAAAAAGAUACUCUGUGUCCCGUGCCAGGCAGUCAGAAGUUCAACUUUCCCGGGUAGCAACGGGUGGUCAGCUUCACCUGUUGUAUUCCUGCCUGCUGUGCUCCUCCUACCUUCCAGAAUGGGAAGGCGAGGAAGGUGGGAGCUGGCCUGAAACUCUGCUGGAGCCUGGGAAUGGCUUCUUCUUCUCCAGUGACGCUGCGAAAGCCGUGAGUCAAAGGAGGAGCGUGGCCGCACUCACAGAGUUGUGCAACUGGAACCUCUGCGCCCAGUCAGAAGUGCCAUUGAUUUGCCUUGCCCAUCUGACCCACAUGGAGGUCUGCUUUGCUCUGGCACUGCCAUCUAGUGGCCAGUGGGCGGACCAUCCCCUUUAACAGCCAGCUGUAGGGAGGGAGAUUGAUGGAUGGAUAGUAAAGGUAAAGGGACCCCUGACAAUUAGGUCCAGUCAUGACCGAUUCUGGGGUUGCGGCGCUCAUCUUGCUUUACUGGCCGAGGGAGCCGGCGUACAGCUUCCGGGUCAUGUGGCCAGCAGGACUAAGCCGCUUCUGGCAAACCAGAGCAGCGCACAGAAACACCGUUUACCUUCCCGCUGGAGCGGUACCUAUUUAUCUACUUGCACUUUGAGGUGCUUUCGAACUGCUAGGUUGGCAGGAGCAGGGACCGAGCAAUGGGAGCUCACCCUGUCGCGGGGAUUCGAACCUCCAACCUUCUGAUCAGCAAGUCCUAGGCUCUGUGGUUUAACCCACAGCGCCACCCGCAUGGAUGGAUAGAUAGAUAUUAAAAAUGUUUCACAGAAUCAUGGAAUUGUAGGAAGGGACCCCUUAGGAUAGCAAUCCUUACCUAAGGAGCCAUGUGGCUGCUUUUCAAAAAGCUCUGUUUUGCUUUUCUUUUCUUUUUCAGGUUUUAAUUUGCUCUUGCUGUUUUUCUGCCUUACUCUGUUCCGCUAUAACUAUUUGUCAGGCUCAAGUUGUAUUUAUAUUUCAUGCACGAAUUAGUUUUUUAAUUCGCACAUUUGCAUACGCACCCAAAAACGCUUUGGCGGCAGAGCAAUUAACAAAUAUUUUAAACGGACCGCCACUAAUCGGCAGAGCUGUGCAAAUAACUUCUUAUUAUUUGGUGGGAUCUGGCCAAGUUCUGCUUAGAGAAGAUGCAAUGAAAUGCAGGGACCUAAGUUUGUUCUGUUGAUUUUUGCGCUCUCCAAAAAAGCAUGUAUAAAUGAAUGAAUGAUUGCUGGUGGUGAUGUUGAAAUUCCUCUAAAUCAGGCAUAGGCAAAUUUGGCCCUCCAGAUGUUUUGGGACUACAACUCCCAUCAUCCCUAGCUAACAGGACCAGUGGUCAGGGAUGAUGGGAAUUGUAGUCUCAAAACAUCUGGAGGGCCGAGUUUGCCUAUGCCUGCUCUGAAUGGGUGUGUACAUUUGCAAGAUGUGUGUCUCUUGUUGUGUGGGAUUAAACGAGAAGGGUGGGGGAGAAGCCACCUUGAGAUAUAAAAGCAAUAAAUAAAUAAAUUCUCCAGGUAGUCAUUUUCAUGCCUGUGCCAUUGCCAUGAUGGGGGAUUCCCCACCCACUCACCCAAGGCCCUUUGUUACCUAGAUCUUGAAAUACCUUGGAAAGUAAAGGUUUUCUGGAAAAUAGGAUAAUCAAAGGUCUUACGUGGACCAUUUCUUCCUCACAGGCACAAUAUGAAAACCCUCCCCAUAUUUAUGCUCUGGCUGAUAACAUGUACCGGAACAUGUUGAUCGACGGGGAGAAUCAGUGCGUCAUUAUCAGGUAAUGUUACAGGGACAGAAAGGGUGGCGUUGAUACGGAGAAAGGUUGUGUUGUUUGGGGGCUUUUAGAUUAGAAAAAAAGGCGACAUAAGCAGUGGGGGAGAUACAUGAUAUCUGUAAAAUCCUGCACAGUAUAGAGAACUGGGUAGGGAAAUUUGGGGGGACGGGUUGGUAAAGAUUUUUUAUUUUAUUUUAGAAAUUAAAUAUAUAAAACAAAGAGAUGACAGACUGGCAGAAAUUGAAAGAUUAAAAAAACAAAAACAAAAUAGGCACAUAUAAUCUUUGCUGUUGCAGAGAGGUUAAAAUGACAAAGUCCAAGUCACGAAAGCAAAAAGCGAGACUAAAUGUUGUCUACAGAUGAAGAAUAUUAGCAUUAUCUGACUAUCUGAUGAUGGUUUGAAAAUGAUAGUUCUCUUGCAUAUGUAAGAAAGGAAUGCCAAAUCAUAUAAAACGUGCCUGCAGGUUCUAGUCCUUGUCAAAAUAUUUAUUUCUCCACAAUAGCUAUAUUCCAGUGUGAUUGGUACCAAGUGUCUGGUGUGUGAUUUUAGUACCUCUCUUUGCAGCUAAACCCUUCUUUGUUCUUUGAUAUCUUCCUCUCUUUGUGUUGCAGUGGGGAGAGUGGCGCCGGCAAGACUGUAGCAGCCAAAUACAUCAUGGGCUACAUCUCCAAGGUGUCUGGUGGAGGCCCCAAAGUGCAGGUAUUAAACCACAUUGGCUAAAUUUCCCCACCCUUGUUUCCAAACAGUGGUGCUUAACAUGAGCCGGUUGCAUGAUGCAGCAGCAAAAAAAGCUAAUGCUAUUCUGGACUGUAUCAACAGAAGUCUAGUGUCCAGAUCAAGGGAAGUCAUAGUCCCGCUCUAUUCUGCCUUGGUCAGAGCACACCUGGAAUCCUGUGUCCAGUUCUGGGCGCCACAAUUUAAGAAGGAUGUUGACAAGCUGGAACAUGUGCAGAGAAGGGCGACCAAGAUGGUUAAGGAUCUGGGAACCAAGCCUUAUGAGGAAUGGUUGAGGGAGCUGGGUAUGUUUGUCCUGGGGGUAAAGGAGACUGAGAGGAGAUGUGAUAGCCAUCUUCAAAUAUCUGAAGGGCCGUGUCACGUGGAAGAUUGAGCAAGCGAGUUUCCUGCUGCUGUUGCUGCAGAGCGUAGGGCCCAAACCACUGGAUUUAAGUGACAACAGAAAAAGAAUCAGAUUAAACCUUGGGAAGGACUUUCAGAGGGUAAGGGGACAGAUUCCCUCGGAAGGUGGUGGACUGUCCUAUAUUGGAGAUCUUUAAGCAAAGUUUGGAUGGCCAUCUGUCAUGGAUUGUCACGGUCCGGUCUACGGGCGAUUGAAGUCCCGGCUGAGGAUGUCAGGACCGGGGGCAAGAUGGCGGGGUUGGAGCAGCAACGAGAGUCCAGAAGCCAGGGGUCCGAGGGUCAAGAAGCAGGGAGUCCCGAAGUCCAGGGUCCGAGGGUCGAGAAGCAGGGAGUCCCAAAGUCCAGGGUCCGAGGGUCAGGAAGCAGGGAGUCACGAAGUCCAGGGUCUGAGGGUCGAGAAGCAGGGAGUCACAAAGCCAAGGUCCGAGGGUCAGGAAGCAAGAAGCCAAAAGCAGCAAGGCAGGAAACGAGUUGCUGUGGCAAAGAGCCGAUGGGAAAUGCUGACCUUAUAUCCUUUCCCGGCUCUUGCCACCAGGUGCUGUGAGUUACCAAGCAGCCUCACCUGUGCGGCCGCGCCUUGCCUCUCCAGAACAAACUUAGGAAGGCCCCAGUCCUGCGAAGCCCUACUGGUCACAGGGCCCGGCUCCUGCACGCACUCCUGACAUCGAUGUUUUAGUUGAGAUUCCCGCAUUUCAGGGGGUUGGACUAGAUGCCUCUUAGGGUCCCUUCCAAGUCUAUGGUUCUGUGAUGUUAAUUGAGAGGGGCUCUUGCGUGCCUCAGGCAAUUGUAAGCAGAGGAGCUGUACCAGAUUUAAUGUCAACCCCCCCAACCCCAUUUCCACCUCAGCACGUGAAGGAAAUCAUCCUGAAAUCCAACCCCCUUCUGGAGGCAUUCGGGAACGCCAAGACGGUUCGGAACAACAACUCGAGCCGAUUUGUAAGUGUCUGCGAAGCCGAGACGGGAGAUCUGUUUGUGACAUGUGGGCUCUCACUGGGAGGUUUGGCUUUCCUGGCCGCUGACACCGACUCCAUGAGGCCUAGAAACUCAGCAGUGUCGUUUCAAAAGCGGAAACGCAAAACACAAAUGGGCAUUCUGUGGAAGCUGAAUUUUUAGGCCCCCAAUAAGAUGAGAAGGAAUUGUGGCUUACACACAGUCCUGUCUUAUUUCUGUGACGUAUAUACACAAAGCAUCAAAUGUGGUGACAGUAAUAAUAAUGCAACAAAACAACACCACCACAAACUGGCUUAUAAGUAUAAAACCAAAUUUACUAGAAUAAUAACUAGAAUAGAGAUAGGCUUGUAACCAUUCGAGCAACAAACAUACUCAGGUGCCAUGUGCAAAACAAAGCCUGGAGAUACUGUUAACAUGGAGUGGAUAAAUGUACAACUGUGUCUUAACAAGUUACAUGUGCAAUAAACAUUAUACAGACUGGAUAAAUGAACCGUUUUAUCUGCUGAGAGGGUGUUCCACAGGGCGGGUGCCACCACCGAGAAGGCCCUCUGCCUGGUUCCCUGUAACUUGGCUUCUUGGAAUGAGGGAACCGCCAGAAGGCCCUCAGAGCUGGACCUCAGUGUCUGGGCUGAAUGAUGGGAUGGAGACACACCUUCAAGUAUAUUGAGAAGGUGCCCUGGUAUUCUGUUUCAAAUCCCCUGCAAACUUCUAACUGGGGUUAAAAUGAGUCGAAUGAACCCAUUUCAACAUGGCAGGAGUCACAAACGUGGUGCCAGUGGGUGUUUCCUGGGAGCCACAAAGCUCCCUUUGCUCCCUUCACAACACACACUCAUUGCUCCCUUGGUUGAGAGGGGAUAAGCCAGAUUCGUCUUGCGAAAAUUUCACGGAAUGGAAGGAGGAAGUGGGGGGGAAGGGGCACUCUGUCCCGCUUUCUCUCUCCCCUCUAUGGUCUUUCCAAGGCGAAUUCUUUGACCCAGAUCUUUUGGAACAGCGAAGGACAGGAGUGUGGUGUCUCUGUGGGUGGGGGCUAAGUCGGGGGGAAGAGAAGCAAUUGGGUGGGUGGGUGCCCACACCACUUGCUCAAAUACCCCUCUGGGCUCAGUUUGAGGAUGAUGAGAAGCUUAUUCAAUAUAAUAGCUUUUAAAAGAACCUCCAUGUCCAAGAGCACUAUACCCCUGAAUGUCACAGACAGUAGUGAUGAAGGAGAGCUUCUUAAUUCCCUGUUGCCCAUGAAACAGGAUCCUGGGUGAGACAGACCUUCACUCAGAUCCAGCCAGAGGUCUAAAAAAUGGUUGGUGACCCCUCGGCAGGAUUUAUUUUGUUUGCCAGUGCAACAAUGAUUGGGGGUCGGGGGCACUCAGGAAGCAUAAUUCUAACGGCGUCCCCUUCCUGUUGCCCCCAGGGCAAGUAUUUUGAGAUCCAGUUCAGCCGGGGCGGGGAGCCCGAUGGAGGAAAGAUCUCCAAUUUCCUGCUGGAAAAGUCUCGUGUCGUCAGCCAGAACCCAGGAGAAAGGAGCUUCCAUAUCUACUAUCAGGUGAUGCAUCAGGCCCGAAUUAUCUUAUGGGAAGAGGCCAGAGGGGUACCUGUGUGUGUUUCGAUGUCCUUUGGAGGUAAAACUGGUAUCCCCAAACAUCAGGGGUGGCACUUGGUGGCCUCAAUGUCAUCCCCGAGCCACCUCCUUGCCCACUCUGCUUCGUGGCCUCAAGCGGUUUAUCCUGGAAAACAUAGCUGUCAACGUUUCCCUUUUUUUAAGGGAAAUUCCCAUAUUCUGAAUAGGAUUCCUCGCAAGAAAAUGGCAAAGUUAUGCUGGAAAGGGGGGACAAUGCCACUGUUCCACCUUACAAUGUCACUGGAGGUUUGCAGAGUUUUUUGAACUCUUUUUCAAUUUUAUUUUUAUUUAUACUUUUCAGAUUUAUACGUUUCACUGGUUUUGCAAUCGUUUUGACAUUUCGAAACUUGACUUCCUUCCCCCUCUUUCUGCAGUUCCUUAAGUUUAUUUUCAAUAUCUUCUGCAUAUCCAAAUUAACUUAAUUUGUUCAUUUAUUCAUCUACUUUAAAUAUAUACUCUUAUGAAACUGCAGGUUAUUACAAGAAUCCUGCCAGUGUUGUUAUCGGUUUACAAUUUAUCUGUAAAUAUUCAAUAAACCAUUCCCAUUCUUUUGUGAAAAGUUUGUUAUCUUGAUCUCUUAUUCUUCUGGUAAGUUUCGCCAUUUCUGCAUAUUCCAUAAGUUUUUGUAUCCAUUCUUCGUUUGCCAGGACUUCUUCCUCUUUCCAUUUUUGGGCAAGUAACAUUUUUGUCACUGUAGUAGCAUACAUGAAUAAGCUUCUAUACAGUGGUUCUGUCCCUAUAAUUCCCAAGAGAAAAGCUUCUGUGGUUUUUUUUUUUAACGAACAUUAUUUUAAGCAUCCUUUUCAUUUCAUUAUGUAUCAUUUUUUGAACUCUUAAGACAUUUGUGCUGUUCUACGUUGUAAGGUCGUUAUAAAGGGUUUGCAGAGUUGAGAGGUUUCUUGAGCUCUUAACACGUUUUGCAUAGAAACACUCUCAUUUUGUUUAUUAAUUACCUCUUCCCUUUCCCUUCCCCGCCUCACUGCAGCUGCUGGAAGGAGCCAGCACAGAGCAGCGGGAAAAUUUGGGUAUCACCACUCCAGAUUAUUACUACUACCUCAACCAGUCAGCAGCUUACAAAGUGGAAGACGUCAACGACCACCAGGAGUUUCAGGAGACGUUGGUAUGAAACCAAGGCUUUUAAAUCAUCAUCCUCGUUUCAUAAAAUUUAUAGACCUCUUGUUCGUAAAGUGGGGUGGGGGGGAGCCCUUCAAAGCAGAAAAUAUUAUCCGUUAAAAACAACUAUUUAAAACAUUCGAAAGAUUAUUUAAAGCUGUUCCAAACCAGAUUAAAAGACAUGUCAACAUGGGUCUGGAGAGAGUUGCCUGAACAAAAUUGUUUCUAGCUGGUGCCGAAAAGAGUUCACUGAAGGCCUGAUUUCAAGAGGCAAGGAGUUCCAUAGUGUGGAUGCUGGCACACUAAACAAUCAAUUUCUUGCAACAUGGAAUGAGUAUCAUGGCGCCAGUUCUAUACUUGCUGUGUUUGAUGACCUGUGUGUUUUCUGAGGUCACUCAGCUAGAAUCCAGGCGCUGAGCGCUCAAGAAACUGUGGUCAGUCUACUUAGAGGACAAGAAUUUCAGGGGACCUAGACCCAGGGGCGGAGCAGGGUGGGGGCGGACCCCCCCAGGUGUCCUCUCUGAGGGGGGUGACAUUCGGCGUGCUGCCCGCCCACGACUCCUGCCUACUGCGAGCCGUUGGUCGAGGGGGGGUUAGUUUUGCCACUUUUUGCCACUUCGUUUUGACAGCCGCGUGAUCCUGGGCUGCUGGAGAAGUAAUGCAGUAUAGUGGUAGCUCGGGUUAAGUACUUAAUUCAUUCCGGAGGUCCGUUCCUAACCUGAAACUGUUCUUAACCUGAAGCACCACUUUAGCUAAUGGGGCCUCCUGCUGCUGCCGUGCCGCCGGAGCACGAUUUCUGUUCUCAUCCUGAAGCAAAGUUCUUAACCCGAGGUAAUAUUUCUGGGUUAGCGGAGUCUGUAACCUGAAGUGUAUUUAACCCGAGGUACCACUGUAAUAUCCAAGGCAACACGAUGACCAAAUACAAUGAUAUGAUGUCAAUAUACACUCUUUAUAUAAUAUGAAAGAUAUGAAAUCACAUAAACAGAAAACUUAGGAAUUUCUGAGGAUCACAAAAUAUGCACUCUUAAUGGAUUCUCUUGGAAUCAUAAAACCAAAUAAACAUAAGUCUUAUAAGUCUCUGAAAGUCUUUGAAGACUAUGCAAGUCUCUGAAAGAAGCAAUGUAUCAGAUUCUUAUCUGGUGAAAACAGGCUGUAAACCUUAUUUUAUGGCGUCCAACACUGCCAAAGUAGUUCGCAAACAGACGUUGUGAACAGUGAUUCCGGAUAUACCCACUGUUUCGUGGAAUUCUUCUUCAGCACAGCAGAAGGAUACAGAAAUGCUUCAUAAACUAUAAAAGAAUAUUAAAACAAUGACCUGCGUAUGUAUGGUAGCUACAAUAAACUCAAAAUAUUAUGAACUAUAAUAUCAAAAUAACGUGAAAUAAAACCAAAGGUACAUACCCCAUCUUUAUGGUGAAUGGAAAAGUAUAAACAAUUGCUAUGCAGCAGUGGUCAAAAAGUUAUGUAGUCACUGCUUCUGACCAUAUGUGAGCAAAGAGAUAAAAAGCUGAGCCCAGGCGCAGCUCAUAGCAGGGAGAUUGAGUUUAAAGGUACAGUGCAGUAACGGACAGAAUAUAAAGAAUCAAAUGGAACAACUGAGAUCCAAUUCAGAAUUUGCAACACAGGCGUUAAAUUGUUUGGAGAAGUAAUGCAGCUGAACAACUUCGGUCCAUCCUUCCUCCUGGCAAUGACAAUGCGUAGAUCACAGCCAGUCUUUUUAUACUGUGAGUCGAUCGUAUAGUUCAAGCUCUGGUUUUCCCAGUAGUGAUGUAUGGAAGUGAGAGCUGGACCAUAAAGAAGGCUGAUCGCCAAAGAAUGGAUGCUUUUGAAUUAUGGUGCUGGAGGAGACUCUUGAGAGUCCCAUGGACAGCAAGAAGAUCAAACGUAUCCAUUCUGAAGGAAAUCAGCCCUGAGUGCUCACUGGAAGGACAGAUCCUGAAGCUGAGGCUCCAAGACUUUGGCCACCUCAGGAGAAGAGAAGACUCCCUGGAAAAGACGCUGAUGUUGGGAAAGAUGGAGGGCACAAGGAGAAGGGGACGACAGAGGACAAUAUGGUGGGACAGUGUUCUUGAAGCUACCAGCAUGAGUUUGACCAAACUGCGGGAGGCAGUGGAAGACAGGAGUGCCUGGCAUGCAAUGGUUCAUGGGGUCACGAAGAGUCGGACACGACUAAACAACAACAAGAACAAAGAUCGCAGUCUCUUGGGAGUCCAACUAGAUUUCAAUGUGUGUGGGAGGCGGUGACAAGAAAUUUUCUGCACCGGGUACCACCUUACCUUGCUACGCCACUGCCUAGACCACACACCCCCAACCAGCGUGUCUUCAGGGGGUUACCCACUUUCUGGGUUGAAAGACAUCUUCCUCACUCUCUCCUAAUAAUUGAGCCCAAAGGAGUUACCUGGUGGAGUUACCGGAAAGCUGAGAAAUUUAGGACCUCUUCCAUUCAUUGAGUCAGUUGCAUUCUUCCAGCCUAACCAACCUCGCGGGAUUGUUGUGAAGAUAAAAUGGAGACUGGUGGGGAGAAGAACCACAUAUAGUCAGGGCCAGAUUUAGGUUUGAUGAGGUCCUAAGCUGCUGAAGGUAAUGGGGCCCUUCAUAUGUCCAGCUGUCCUUAGCCAACAACAAAUUGUCGCUGUUUUUUUGUGUUGAACAUAUGCUAUGUGGUAAUUUAUGGACCUCAUAGGUAUCUCAAGCCAUUUGCCCUGCAACCAGUCCAUGCAGAAUGUAGGCACCCUAAUAUGUUGUUGUUGUUGUUUAGUCGUUUAGUCAUGUCCGACUCUUCGUCUAUAUAUAGAAAGGAGCAAACCAGUGAUAUUUUAGGGAGCAAGCAGGGCCCAUGACUUGCAUCACAGGAGCCUACACAACACAAAACACUGUUGCUGUGUGUAGGUUUUAUUUUAUUUGUUUUUUAUCUUUCAUUUUGGAAAUGUACAUCCAGGGGUUUUUUCCCUUUAAAUUUUUUGGGGGCCCCCAAGAGAGCAGGGCCCUAAGCUAUAGCUUGUUUAGCUUAUACAUAAAUCUGGCACUGCUUACACUGAGCUCCUUGAAGGAAAUGCAGAGCGCAAUUUUUCCAAGCACAAGCCAGUAAAAUUAAUGAAAAUACAACCAAGAGAAUAUUUUUUCCUAGAGGGGGAGAAAAAGUUGCAUGUGUAUCCCAUGAAGGAAAGGGAAUUGGCUCAUGACCAGAGACCCAUAGCCCAGAAUUUUGACAAGUCGCCUGGUCCCCGUUUUUCUUCUUUAGAGGUUCCCCUUUGGUACGGACUCCUUUUCACAGAAUUGCAGAGUCGGAAGGGGAACCCAAAUGCCAUCUAGCCCAACCCCACUGCAAUGGCAUCUCUUUCUCUCCCUCCCGUCUUCAGACAGCCAUGGAUGUGGUGGGCCUCUCGGGGGAAGAGCAAGCCUUGGUGCUCCAGAUCGUGGCCGGGAUCCUGCACCUGGGCAACAUCACUUUCCGGGAGUCGGGCAAUUACGCCAUGGUGGAGAGCGAGGACUGUGAGUUGCGGGGCUGGCUGAGGGGUUUCAGCGGCGGCUGGUUCCCCUUGGGACUGGUAGGGUGGAAGACAGGGAGUCCAACAGUAGGGGGCGCCAGAGCCAGAGAUUUGUGGUGGCACCUAAUUCGAUGCCUAGAAAGUCCCGGCAGACGCCUUUCUCACAGUCCUAACAACUUUUUACACAGCAGAGUUAAUAAUAAUAAUAACUUUUUAUUUAUACCCCGCCCUUCCCGGUUCAGAAAACCGGGCUCAACAAAUUUAAAACAAUUGAUGCUACAAAAACAGCGUAAAAUACAGUAUAAAACGUGAAUAACAAUAAAUUCAGAAUUCAAAAAUCAAUUUAGGGGGGAAAUCCAUCCAAUAAACAUUAGAUAAUUCCCAGGGCUAGCUGGCUAAAUGAGUCCUAUUUGGGCCAGUGAGGAGACCAGGGGAGAAUUAGCUAUGGGAUCCUUUUUUUUUUUUUAAUUCAAAAUUAUAACAAGACAUAUUAUCCAAAAACAUAUCAUCCUUGUUCCCCCUCCCCAUUUUUCCUCCCUCCCCCCCUUCCACACAACCCCCCACCCCCACCCCGACUUCCCUCAGUUCCAGUCUUUGGUUUCUCUAAGAAUGCUGUUUUCUGCAUGUUACACAGUUGUAUAGAUCCUCAAACUAUUUAGCUGAUUAUUAUCAGUAAAGGUGUUGGUGUAUUUGAAAUGAAAACUUAAUAAAAAGCAUUUUUUACAAAAUGAAAUGAAAACAACCGUGGCAGCCAAGUCCCCUCUCUCCCCCAGUCUUGGCUUUCCCAUCGUACCUCUUGGCCAUCGACCAGCAACGCCUCAAGGAGAAGCUGACCAGCCGGAAGAUGGACAGCAAGUGGGGCGGGCAGCAGGAGGUGAUUGACGUGACGCUGAACGUGGAGCAGGCCAGCUUCACCCGGGACGCCCUCUCCAAGGCCCUCUAUGCCCGCCUCUUCGACUUCCUCGUGGACGUGAGUUUCAGGGCUGGGCACCCAACAGGGCAGUGGGGUGGAUGGGUGGACAUUUUGAGAAGGUCCUGUUCCAAAGACCCACUUGGGUGACCGUAUUUGCCACCUGGGCCUCCAGCCUGCAGCGAUUUGACUUCUGUCCAAACACGCGGUAAAACGCAUGUUCAAAAAAUACAGUAAAGGUUCGCUAUCUAUGCUAGCGUUUGAUUGACGUUGGAGUGAGACCGAGUUAAGAAAUAAAACUAAGAGCACAUACAGUGGUACCUCUGGAUGCGAACGGGAUCUGUUCCGGAGCCCCGUUCGCAUCCAGAAGCGAAGGCAACCUGUGUCCGCGCAUGCACAGGUCGCGAUUCGCGGCUUCCACGCAUGCGCGUGACAUCAUUUUGACCGCCUGCACAUGCGCGAGCGGCGAAACCUGGAAGUAAUGUGCUCCGUUACUUCCGGGUCGCCGCAGCGCACAAUCCGAAAAUACUUAUCCUGAAGCUACUUCAACCCGAGGUAUGACUGUAUUGAUAUAGGAAUGUAUUAGAUAAUAUGUAAAGAAAUAUAUAAUAAUAAGAGUACAUUCAUUUGUAAAAAAAGGGAUAUACAACGGGAAAGACAGGAAGUCUAGUGUGUUGGUAUAUAUAUGAUUUGGGGGGGGGUUGUUUUUGUUUUUUCUCUUCUUUUUUUGUUUCAUUUUCUUUCUCGGUAUAUAAAAAUUGUAUAUAAUUUUUGUAUACAUGUUGGAAAUUAUAUUACAGUAAGCCCUGUAAUGUAAUAUGACAACGUUUACCGGUGUAAUAUAAGAAUGUUAACAAAUAAUUAAAAUGCAAAUUAAAAAAACAACUAACACGUGAUAAAACCUGAGUGUCUGCAUCUUUUAAAACCAUCUUGUGUGGCUUUAAAAGAAGAUUGGACACGAUUCACGGCGGCUAAGGCUACCGGGGACUACUAGCCGCAAUAGCUGUAUUUUCCUCCAUUGACGGAGGCAGGAUUCCUCUGAAUAAUACCAGUUGCUGAGAAUCUGCUUUGGCUCUCGGGUCCUGCUUACGAUUUUCCCUUUGGGGGCAUCUGGUUAGCCAUUGUGAGAGCAAAAUGCAGGGCUGGAUGGGCCCGCUUUGGGCCUGAUCCAGCCGGCUCGUCUUAUGUUCUUAGUCUACUGCUUCUGUUUUUGAACGCUUCCUUUUUCAAGUCCUCCCUGCAAGUAGAAAACAAACAUGGCAAGGUAUUAGAAGGAUUCAUCCUGAUGCGUGAGAUUUCUACAUGCAGGGAGUUUUAAAAUUAUUAUUAUUAUUCAUUCAAAAAAAUGGACACCUCUUGCCUGCCAGGUGAGGUGUUGCCACAAACUGUGCUGCCUCAUUUGGCUAAAAGUUCAGACCAGUACAGCUUGGGGCCGGGUGCAAAAUGUCGUCCAGGUCCUAACCUAGCACUCUUAACCACUGCACCACACUGAGUGUGAUGUAGCCUUUUACACAAACACACCAUCAGCACCAUCAAACUUUACCUCUGGCUGCAAUAUCCAGCCACUUGCAAUAUUAUUAUUUUUUUAAAAAAGAGAAGAUCCCAAUUUUCCAACUCCUGAAUGGUUGGAUCGUAGGUGAUGCCUGAAAAUGGAGCCAUGUUUGUGCAAAACACAACUCUCUGCAGGUCGCUGUUGCUGCAAGCAGAGGACCCCUGCAUUAUAUGUCCGGGUUAUUUAGAUUUGAUUGUGAAAACUUGGCUUAUUUCAUGAGAUCUGCCCUCCUUCUCCCUCUUCCCUUCUGUCCGCUGCUCUUAUUUGCUCUCAGGCUGUCAACAAGGCCAUACAGAAAGACCGCCAGGAGUACAGCAUCGGGGUUCUCGAUAUCUACGGCUUUGAGAUCUUCCAGGUAAUAUGAAAAAAGGAAGUAGCAGAUUCCCCUGAAACGGGGGCACACCCCUCCUCCCCCAGUAGUAGUAGUAGUAAUAAUAAAUAAAUAAAUAAAUAUUAUUUGUACCCCGCCCAUCUGGCUGGGUUUCCCCAGCCACUCUGGGCAGCUUCCAACAAAGAUUAAAAAUACCACAUUUUUCGCUCCAUUGGACGCACCGGACCAUAGGAUGCACUGGAUCAUAGGAGGGGGAGAACAGGGAAAAAUUUUUUUUUCUUGUUCUCCCCCUCUAAAACAAGGUGCGUUCAAGGUACAUUCACCAGAGCUUGUGGGGCUGGCGGUGGGGGGAAGCGCUGCUUUCCCCCACCGCCAGCCUCAAGAUCCCUGAAGCCUUUGGAGCGCAGCGCCCCGCUGCCCUGCACAGGUUUGCGCGCAGCCGUCCCCAAGCUAGAGCAGCGAAAUGGAGCCCUCCGUCUCGCUGUUCUGGCUUGGGAACAGCCUUGCUAGCUUCUGCAGGACAGCGGGGUGAAGGCACCCCGCUGCACUGGAGAGGCUGUGCGCGCAGCCGUCCCCAAGCUAGAGCAGCGAGACGGAGCGCUCCGCAGUGCUCCGUCUUCCUGUUCUGGCUUUGGGCUUAGCGGCGCAGCCUGCACUCGCUCUGUAGGACGCACACACAUUUCCCCUUAAUUUUUGGAGGGGGAAAUGUGCGUCCUAUAGAACGAAAAAUACGGUACAUUAGAAUUCUGUGCACCCACCAUUAAUUUCAGUGGUUUCUGCUUCAGAAACUGUUCUGCCUUCCUGGCUGCCCGUCUCCCCCCAGAAAAGGAACCAGCAAAUAUAAUAACUAAAUAAUAUAUAUGCAUAUUGGUGCACAUUUUUUCUACAAGCUGGAGGCAGGCGCAGAGACCCAGGGAUUGUUCCAACUGAGUCUCGUUGGUGGAGGGUUGAGAAGCUGAGGUCAGGGCAGCGAUGCCCAACAUGUCUGUCCCCCCGCCGCAACCCAAAUCUCCGACUUCCCCUCCUGCGACUCUUGAGUUCUUCCUGACAGCCCCUUCUUUCUUCCUCGCUGCAGAAAAACGGAUUCGAACAGUUUUGCAUCAACUUUGUGAACGAGAAGCUGCAGCAGAUUUUCAUUGAGCUGACACUGAAGGCCGAACAGGUGAGAGAGAACGACGGUUGUGUUUUCCGAGCCACUUGGUUAUCAUUUGGUGUAGGAAGUGAAACGGACAAGAGAUCUCCUUAAUUGAUUGGAUCACACCCCCUUAAAUAGAUUGUGGGUUCUUUUGAGUGGGUCCUGUGGCUCGUUUUUCAAUGGUACGCAGGAUGAGACCCUCCCUGCCCACAGACUGUCUCGCCAGAGUGACGCAUGCUCUGGUUAUCUCCCACUUAGACUACUGCAAUUCGCUCUACGUGGGGCUACCUUUGAAGGUGACCCGGAAACUACAGUGGUGCCUCGCAAGACGAAAUUAAUCCGUUCCGCGAGUGUCUUCGUCUAGCGGUUUUUUCGUCUUGCGAAGCAACCCUAUUAGCGGCUUAACGGAUUAGCGCUAUUAGCGGUUUAGCGGCUAUUAAAGGCUUAGCGGCUUAGCGGCUUAGCUGCUAAAAGGCUAUUAGCGGCUUAGCGGCUUAGGAAAAGGGGGGGGAAGCGGAAAAAAAAUCUCAAGACUUGCAAGACAUUUUCGUCUUGCGAAGCAAGCCCAUAGGGAAAUUCGUCCUGCGAAGCAACUCAAAAACGGAAAACCCUUUCGUCUAGCGGGUUUUCCGUCUUGUGAGGCAUUCGUCUUGCAGGGCACCACUGUACAACUAAUCCAGAAUGCGGCAGCUAGACUGGUGACUGGGAGCGGCCGCCGAGACCAUAUAACACCAGUUUUGAAAGACCUACAUUGGCUCCCAGUACGUUUCCGAGUACAAUUCAAAGUGUUGGUGCUGACCUUGAAAGCCCUAAACAGCCUCGGUCCUGUAUACCUGAAGGAGCAUUUCCACCUCCAUCGUUCUGCCCGGACACUGAGGUCCAGCUCCAAGGGCCUUCUGGCGGUUCCCUCACUGUGAAAAGUGAGUUUACGGGGAACCAGGCAGAGGGCCUUCUCAGUGGUGGCACCCGCCUUGUGGAACGCCCUCCCACCAGAUGUCAAAGAGAAAAGUAACUACCAAACUUUUAGAAGACAUCUGAAGGUAGCCCUGUUUAGGGAAGCUUUUAAUGUUUAAUAGGUUCUUGUAUUUUAGUGUUUUGUUGGAAGCCGCCCAGAGUGGCUGGGGAAACCCAGCCAGAUGGGCGGGGUAUAAAUAAUAAAUUGUUAUGAUGAUGAUGAUGAUGAUGAUGAUGAUGAUGAUGUUGCCUAGCGGCUCAUUUCCAGAUGACUGUUAUAUGCCCUACAAGGAAUGUCCACAUUACGGCGAUCAUUGACAGAUGUUGUCGGCCUCCACCUCCCAUCAGUCCCAGCCAGUGUGGGGAUGAUGGGAGUUGUAGUUCGGCAGCAUCUGGAGGGCCAUCCCUCCUGUAGAUAGCGCCUAUUGGCCAGUGUCCGUGAUGUCAUUCGCACAUGGUCCCAGGAGCAGUUUAGUGCUGAUGGAAAGAGAGAGAGAGAGAGAGUGUGUGUCUGUUGUGCAAGUUUAGCCCGUUGUCCAGCUGCUCAUUUGUUCUAUCCCUUUCCCUGUUCCUCUUCUCCCCUCCCACAAUCCCCCUCUUCCGACCCACAGGAGGAAUACGUCCAGGAGGGCAUCCGCUGGAACGCCAUCGACUACUUCAACAACAAGGUCGUGUGCGACCUAAUCGAGAACAAAUUGGUGAGUGGGAAAAAUAUUGGGACGAUAUUGGGAUUGGGAGGGGCAACUCCCAUCUCUUGUGGGGACACAAUUAGUGCCAGCACCAUUCGUUAAGAGUUUGGGUGUAAUCUUAGACACCUCCCUUUCCAUGGAGGCGCAGAUUACAGCUAUAACAAAGGCGGCAUUUUUUCAUCUCUGCCAAGCUAAGCAGUUGGCUCCUUACCUCUCUCACCCUGGUCAUGUCCACUGUGAUCCACGCUACGGUCACCUCCAGACUGGAUUAUUGUAACUCGCUCUAUGUGGGGAUGCCCUUGAGACUGACCCAGAAACUCCAGCGGGUGCAGAAUGCCGCAGCAAGACGCCUUGCGGGGUCCUUGCCAUGGGAUCACAUUCACCCAGUGCUAUACCAACUGCACUGGCUCCCGGUGGAGUACAGGAUCAGGUUUAAGGUGCUGAUUUAACCUUUAAAGCCCUAUACGGCCUAGGACCCUCGUACAUACGAGACCACCUCUCCCGAUAUGCCCCACGGAGGACCUUACGGUCUUCAAACAAAAACGUCUGGGAGGUCCCGGGCCACAGGGAGGUUAGGCUGGCCUCAACCAGAGCCAGGGCCUUUUCGGCUGUGGCCCCGAUCUGGUGGAACGCUCUGUCCCAAGAGACUAGGGCCCUGCAGGACUUGACAUCUUUCCGCAGGGCCUGCAAGACGGAGCUGUUCUGCCAGGCCUUUGGCCAAGGCACAGUCUGACCCACUCCUUUGGUAAUCCUCAUAGAACUCUAUCCCAAUGGUUGCCAUUAAUUUGAUUCUGAAUUCCCCAAUUAAUUCAGCUCCUAGCCUACUCUUAUUUAUUUAUUUUCUCUUUCCCUCCUCUUUCCACCCCCGCAUUGCUGCGCCCACUCCCAGAAUCCUCCAGGGCUGAUGAGCAUCCUGGACGACGUCUGCGCCACGAUGCACGCCAAGGGCGAGGGGGCUGAUCACACCCUCUUGCAGAAGCUCCAGACGGCCCUGGGAACCCACCCUCACUUCAACAGUUGGAACCAGGGCUUCGUCAUCCACCAUUAUGCCGGGAAGGUCAGUGCCCCCCAAGGAGGGGAAUCAAUGGCUGGGUCUCCCCUCCUCCCUCAUCCACGGAGCUGUGCAUCUUUUUUGAAGUGAGGUUGAAUCCUGACAAGACAGAAGUACUGUUUUGGGGGGACAGGAGGGGGGCAGGUGUGGAGGACUCCCUGGUCCUGAAUGGGGCAACUGUGCCCCUGAAGGACUAGGUGUGCAGCCUGGGAGUCGUUUUGGACUCACUGCUGUCCAUGGAGGUGCAGGUUAAUUCUGUGCCCAGGGCAGCUGUUUACCAGCUCCAUCUGGCACGCAGGAUGAGACCCUACCUGCCCGCAGACUGUCUCGCCAUAGUGGUGCAUGCUCUGGUUAUCUCCCGCUUGGACUACUGCAAUGCGCUCUACGUGGGGCUACCUUUGAAGGUGACCCGGAAACUACAACUAAUCCACAUUGUGGCAGCUAGACUGGUGACUGGGAGUGGCCGCUGGGACCACACAACACCGGCCUUGAAAGACCUACAUUGGCUCCCAGUAUGUUUCCGAGCACAAUUCAAAGUGUUGGUGCUGACCUUGAAAGCCCUAAACGGUCUCGGCCCAGUAUACCUGAAGGAGCGUCUGCAUGACAAGCAGCUGCACUAACGACUUAGUUUUAUCUGCCCUUCUGCUAAAAGUAAAGCAAGAUCCUGGUCCUCAUGGUUCUGAAUAAAUCAGGAGGAUGGAAAGCUGCCGCCUCCUGAGUCAGAUCCUUGGUCCAUCCAGUUCAGCAUUUUGGAGGGCGGGCAGGGGACCCCCCCCCCACACCAGUAAUCUGCCUGUAACUGCAAAGUCUAGCAACCUGAGCCGCUUUCUUCCUGGGUGCUGCAGGUAUCGUAUGACGUGAACGGCUUCUGCGAACGGAACCGCGAUGUGCUCUUUACGGACCUCAUUGAGCUGAUGCAGAGCAGUGAGAUGUGAGUGGGGCAGGGUGGGGAGAAAGGUGCCUCUCGAAAGCAAUAAAUAAAAUAAAAUAAAAUAAAAAUUCCUUCCUGGAACUCAUCUCCGCCCUGCUAGCAUGUCCCUUUCGGAUGGUGUUUCACACCUGGAAGCUGCAGGUUUGAAUCCCAGCUGAGUUAAAUGUCUCCUGGGCGAUCCUCAGUCUUCCCCGUCUGUAAAAUGGGAAGAUGUAAGCGAUGUCAGCAGACGAUGAUUGAAAGUGGUACAAAAACGAAGACCUUUCUUUGGGGCCGUGUGAGCCGUUUCCUACAAGGAAAAGGAUGGUCCUUAAUGGUUUUUUUUCUUGUUGUCCAAAGCCCAUUCAUCCGAGAUCUCUUUCCUGAAAACCUCAACGCAGAGAAGAAAGGGCGUCCCACCACAGCUGGCAGCAAGAUCAAGGUAGUGUGGCUUGGCAGCGUAUGUGGAGACAAGGAAAGUGUGUGUGUCUUUGUAUAUCCAUAAGGGCUAGGAUUCUCUGCUUUAAGAAAUGCAGUUGUGCAGCAGCUGCUACGUCAAACUGCAGCAGGAAAGGGAACAGAAAGCAAGCAAGCAAGCAUUGGCUCCACUUCCCCUGUCCUUAGGACCUGUCCCUGAGAAAAUCAUUUGCGAGCUUGCUUAUUUUUUCCUCCCUCCUCCCCAUCCCUUUUCCUUUUGUGCUGUGACUCAAAAAAAAGAAAAGAAAGGGAAUUAAACAGAACAAAGUAUUUUCUUUUCUUUUCACCUCCUCCCCUCCUGGGAAAAAAUUAAAGAGACAAGCCAACGACCUUGUCGGCACGUUGAUGAAAUGCACGCCGCAGUACAUCAGAUGCAUCAAGCCGAACGAGACCAAGAGGCCCCGCGACUGGGAGGAGAGCAGGUGGGGCAGCUGUGGGGCACAUGGGGCCUAUGGGGUGGGGGUCUUCAAAUCAGUUCCGGUUCUAGAGAUGAAGGGGGGAAUGAGGGGAGACUGUACGACCCCUCCAAAAUAACACAUGAAGAAUAACCAGUGUAGCUGCAGGCAAGGAUGGUUUUUAAAGGGGAUUUAAUUAAAUUUGAGGAGUCUUGGAUUCGAGGCAGUUCAGGGGUGAUGAUGGGACUUGUCGUUCACCAACAUCUGGAGAGCUGCUCCACUUCCCAGUUCUCUGCUUAAACUGCCAUAAUAACAAGGACAGUGGUGUGAUAAAAGUCAGAUAGUUAUUUAUUUCCUUGACAUGUGCUGGGAGGGUGUUGCACAGGGCGGGCGCCACCACCGAGAAGGCCCUCUGCCUGGUUCCCUGUAACUUCGCUUCUGGCAGCGAGGGAACUGCUAGAAGGCCCUCAGCGCUGGACCUCAAUGUCUGGGCAGAACAAUAGGGAUGGAGACGCUCCUUCAGGCAUAUUGAGAAGGUGCCCUGGUAUUCUGUUUUAAAUCCCCUACAAACUUCUAACUGGGGUUAAAAUGAGUUGAAUGAACCCAUUUCAACAUGGCAGGAGUCACCAACAUGGUGCCAGUGGGUGUUUCCUGGGAGCCACAAAGCUCCCUUUGCUCCCUUCACAACACACACUCAUUGCUCCCUUGGUUGGGAGCGGAUGAGGCCAGAUUCGUCUUGCGAAAAUUUCACGGAAUGGAAGGAGGAAGUGGGGGGAAGGGGCACUCUAUCCCACUUUCUCUCUCCCCUCUAUGGUCUUUCCGAGGCGAAUUCUUUGACCCAGAUCUUUUGGAACAGCGAAGGACAGGAGUGUGGUGUCUCUGUGGGUGGGGGCUAAGUCGGGGGGAAGAGAAGCAAUUGGGUGGGUGGGUGCCCACACCACUUGCUCAAAUACCCCUCUGGGCUCAGUUUGAGGAGGAUGAGAAGCUUAUUCAAUAUAAUAGCUUUUUAAAAGAACCUCCAUGUCCAAGAGCACUAUAUCCCUGAAUGUCAAAGACAGUAGUGACAAAGGAGAGCUUCUUAAUUUCCUGUUGCCCGUGAAACAAGGUCCUGGACGAGACACACCUUCACUCGGAUCCAGCCAAGGGGCUUUUUGCCUCUUCUGAUAUUUCUCCCAUAAAUUGGGAGGGGAACCUCACUUUCUUCCUUGUGACAUAGCCCAAUCAGUUGUAACGAACGGCUCAAGGGAACUUCUGUGCCCAGGCGCAGUCUAUCUUUGAACAGCUGUUGCCAGAAGGUCAGGCAGUCUCUCCCCCCCCCACACUCCCCCAACGUCCCAUUUGAUCCAAAAAACUAAGAGCCUCAACAUAGACGUCUACUCUGCCUCAUCCGCAGUUUAUACGAAAACACUCGGGUCCGGGUUAGGUGUGACCGACAGGGUCACUUAUCCAAGGAAAUCCAAACCUACCAUAGUGUUAAACAAGGCUGCGUCCUUGCACCUACUUUAUUCAACUUCUAUAUUAAUUCCUUAGUAGGAAAUAUGGGGAAAGAAAAUGCCCACCCCCCUAAAUUGGCUGGUACACCCCUCCCGGUUCUCUUAUAUGCGGAUUAAGUAGUUCUAAUUUCCUUCUCCUAUGUAGGCCUCAGAAAACUUCUAAGAUCUCUCACUGUUUAUUGUAAUGCCGAACAAUUAACAAUUAACUAUAGCAAAUCCAAAGUUAUAGUGUUCUCUAUGGGAAGGGCAAUAAGAGGCUGCUUCCGUUGUUCUUGUGGCCCUCAAUUUCUGCUCCUCCUCCAGGGUGAAGCACCAGGUGGAAUAUUUGGGCCUGCGGGAGAAUAUCCGGGUGCGCCGAGCCGGCUACGCCUACCGAAGGGUCUUUCACAAGUUCCUCCAUAGGUGAGGCUUUGUGUGCUGUUCUGUGUCCUUUCUGGGGUUGCCAACUGACCAGAGGAAAAGCCCACCCUACUCUGCUCCUGCGCCUUUCGACGGAAGCUCGGUCUUUAUGGGCCAUCAGAUCAGGGAAAGCUUCCCCUAUUGAUGGGGACGAAGCCUUGGACUAUGCAGAAGCGGCCGAGGGGAAGGAGGCGCCAGUCAGAAAGGGCCGGACCGUUCCCAAAAUCUGUUUCCAUCCUCCCCACUUUCACAUGUACAAACCCCCGUAGGCACAUUCUCUCUCUCUCUCCCUCCCAGGUACGCCAUUCUGACCCCAGAGACAUGGCCACUGUGGCGUGGGGACGAGAAACAGGGCGUGGUGCACCUGAUGAAAUCUGUCAACAUGGACCUGGACCAGUUUCAGCUGGGGCGGACGAAGGUCUUCAUCAAAGCUCCAGAGUCGGUGAGGGCAGGAGGGAGGAGCAGAGGCUCCCGGGGGAAGUCAGGGCAGAAGUGGCUGUGCUCAAGUUCCUUCUUCCCUCCCUCCCUCCCCCCUCCCUCCCUUCCUUCCUUUCUUCCUCCCUCCCUCAUUUUCUUCUUUCUUUCCUUCUUUCCUCCCAUCCUUCCUCCCUCCCUUUUCUUUCUUCAUUCCUUCCCUCCCUCCCUGUUCUUCCUUCCUUCCCUCUUUCCUCCCUCCCUUUUCUUCCUUCCUUCCUUCCUUCCUUCCUUCCUUCCCCCCUUUCCUCCCUUCCUUCCUGACUUCCUUCCUUCCCUCUUUCCUCCCUCCCUUCCUUCCCUCUUUCCUUCCUUCCUUCCUGACUUCCUUCCUUCCUCCCUUCCUCCCUCCCUUUUCUUCCUUCCUUCCUUCCUUCCUUCCUUCCUUCCUUCCUUCCUUCCUUCCCUCUUUCCUCCCUUUCCUUUCUCCCUCCCUCCCUUUCCUUCCUUCCUUCCUUCCUUCCUUCCUUCCUUCCUUCCUUCUUUCCUUCUUUCCUUCUUUCCUCCCUCCCUCCCUCCCUCCCUCCCUCCCUCCCUCCCUCAUCUUUCAGCCUUAAUAUAAGAGCAGCCUUGUUGCUUGAUAAGGCCAAAGGCCACCUGCUCCAGCCCCCUGUUCUCCCAGUGGCAGACCAAACACCCCAGUGGGAAGCUGAGAUGGGUCAUAAGUUCCAGCUUCCAAACAUUCUCACACCCUUAAGUCUAAAAAGUUAAAUUGGUCCCUGCCUGUUCCAGAUUGGAGCUCAUUUCAUUUACAUUUUCAUUUUUCCAACUCUGCAAUUCUGUGAAGGAUCCCUAUGGGAGGCAAGAAAAUGGCAGCUCCUUCUGGAGUCUGCUGACUCCUUCCUGUCCCUGGCAAUGCCGCCCCAAUUGAUCUCCCUCUCUCCUUCCUUCCCUCCUUCUCCUGCCCUCUCUCUUUCUCCAGCUUUUCCUCCUGGAGGAGAUGCGCGAGCGCCGUUACGACGGCUACGCCCGCGUCAUCCAACAGGCGUGGCGGAAACACGUGGCCGUCCGGAAGUACAUUCAGAUGAGAGAGGAAGGUGAGCUGUUCCCCCAGGUUGACCCAGCUGAGUUUGUGGAGCAUUUUGGGGGGUGGGAAAUCCCUCAUUGCUCCUCAAACAUCCCAAAGGAUGUUGCCGUGUGGCCAAUGGCACCAGCACUUGAAUUACGGAGGAGGGGGCAGAGAAGGCUUUUGUGACAGCACCCUUAACCAUUAUUUUAGCUCCGUUAGUAGAGCAUGAGAUUCGUUGAUCUAAGGGUCCUGGGUUUGAGCCCCGUGUUGGGCAAAAGACUCCUGCAUUCCAGGGGGUUGGACUAGAUGACUCAAGUGGUCCCUUCCCACUCUACAGUUCCAUGAUUCUAGGGGGGCUCAUAUUUGUCCAAAAUCAGGUGGGGUGGCACAAGGGUUCCUAGCAAUUUCUCUCCGCAGUUUGAACGCUGGGUACUCAAGAGUCUUGUACUGAUUUCAUGCUCUUUAUUGCAGCUUGUAAAACAGUGAUUUAAUUGUCCCCCAAACCUCAGGCUUUUAUAUACAUUAUUUGCACAAUGAGUCCCGUCUGAUUGGCUGAUCCUGCUUCCCUCCUGGAGCCUGAUUGGUCUUUUCCUGCAGGCCAAUCAGUUGUUGCAUUCUAGGAUCCUACUUGCCUAUUGUUCUAGGAUCCAAGCUUAGUACAUAACAGCAGGGCUUAGCCGCUGGGUUGUGUGACUGCUGGGAAACUGUCUCUGAGCCCGCACAGAGUGCCUGGCCGCUGCUAGGCCUAGCUUCUUUCUCGCUUCUGUCUUGCAAAGCGUCCAACAUCGUUCUGAACAAGAAAGAGCGUCGCCGGAACAGCAUCAACCGUAAUUUUGUGGGCGACUACAUCGGCUUGGAGACCCACCCUGAGCUGCGGCGCUUCGUGGGCCGGCGAGAGCGCGUGGAUUUUGCUGACACAGUUGUCAAGUAUGACCGGCGCUUCAAGGUGAGCCGGGACACUGCGAGAGUCCUUCUGUGUGGCCAUCUUUCUGCAUACAUUUUCUGCAACAUUUUACUGUUGUUAGCCGCUCUGAGCCCGGCUUCAGCUGGGGAGGGCAGGAUAUACCGUAUUUUUCGCCCUAUAGGGCGCACUGGCCCAUAGGGCGCACCUAGUUUUUUGGGGGGGAAAUAAAAAAAAAUAUAUUCCCCCCCCCCAGCCCCCAGUACAGGCUGCUAUCCGCAAGCCUUGCGAGCCCAGCAGGAACUCCCGCCGGGCUCGCAAGGCUUGCGGGCAGCAGCCUGAAGCCGGGAGAGCGUGAGGGUCGGUGCGCACCGACCCCUCUCGCUCUCCAGGCUUCAGCGAAAGCCUGCAUUCACCCCAUAGGACGCACACACAUUUCCCCUUCAUUUUUGGAGGGGAAAAGGUGCGUCCUAUAGGGCGAAAAAUACGGUAAAUAAAAUAUUAUUAUUAUUUAUUAUAGCCUCGUCUUUCUCUCUGAGUCCUGCCCUGUUGCCUGGGCUCUGCCUCCCCGUCGGAGGCAGUAAAUGGUCUGAAUAUUGUUGCAAGCAUGUGCCUGAACCCACAUGUGAGUCCAGCCCUCAUGAACACCCUACAAAGAAGUUUGGGAUCUUCUGCUAGAGUUAUGAUGUUCAUCUGUUUAUGAAUAUGCGUUUACCCUUUAUCCUUACAUCUGCAAGAAGUUCUUACACAAAGGAAUUCAGAAAGCUUGCGAGAACAGGAGGGCUGAACUAGGUGGGCCACUGGUCUGAUCCAGCUAGCCCUUCUUAAUUUCUUACAGAACCUCCAGGCCCAGUGGCAGUCUAUCUAGGUUCCAAAACUCUUCGGGACGUUUGGCCGAUGUGAGAACUGGGCUGGAUGUUCUUGUUGUUGUUUAGUUGUUUAGUCGUGUCCGACUCUUUGUGACCCCCUGGACCAAAGCACGCCAGGCACUCCUGUCUUCCACUGCCUCCCGCAGUUUGGUCAAACUCAUGCUGGUAGCUUUGAGAACACUGUCCCACCAUCUCGUCCUCUGUCGUCCCCUUCUCCUGAUCUUUCCAAAUCAGGGUCUUUCCCAGGGAGUCUUCUCUUCUCAUGAGGAGGCCAAAGUCUUGGAGCCUCAGCUUCAGGAUCUGUCCUUCCAGGGAGCACUCAGGGCUGAUUUCCUUCAGAAUGGAGAGGUUUGAUCUUCUUGCAGUCCAUGGGACUUUCCAGAGUCUCCUCCAGCACCAGAAUUCAAAAGCGUCAAUUCUUCAGUGAUCAGCCUUCUUUAUGGUCCAGCUCUCACUUCCAUACAUCACUGCUGGGAACAUCAUAGCUUUAACUAUACGGACCUUUGUCGGCAAGGUGAUGUCUCUGCUGGAUGUUCUUACGACCCCCUUUUUGUAAUUUCCCUGCAGACAGUGAAGCGGGACCUGAUCCUGACCCCCAAAUUCCUCUACCUGAUCGGCCGCGAGAAGGUGAAGCAGGGCCCAGAUAAAGGAGCCAUCAGGGAGGUCCUGAAGAGGCAGAUUGAGGUGGAGCGGGUCCAGUCAGUGUCCCUGAGGUGAGUGACAAUGACAACGGGCUGUGGGGAGGUCAGGGAGUUGUGGGGAGGCUGGAGUAUGGCAGCUCCUCCUUCCAUACUGAACAGGGAUGGCCCUCCAAGCAUUCUGCCGGGCCCUCAAAAUCCUCCCAGGUCACUUGUUUUGUGCCCCAAGGGUUCCAGCUGAUGCUAGCCUUACUCAGAGUAGACCUACUGGAAUGAAUGGACACGUGGGCAUGUUGAUUGAGUGUGUUUCUGGCCACAUUCACACCACAUAUCUAAAGAGCUGUGAUGCCCCCGCCAACAGCCGUGGCUUCCCCCAAAGGCUCUUGUAGGUUAAAGAUGUAGUUUAAAGGUGAUGAGAAUUGUUAGGAGAGACUAUGAGGAGAAUUAUUAGUUAAUGAUAAUUUAAAGUAAUAGAGAAAUUAAGAAAUGCAGAACAAGUGAUAAAGAACGGAAAAUCUUCAGAGGUUGUUGACGGAAGUGUAAAGUAUUGUUAAGAUAAGAAGUUAUGUUAAAUGACUGUUGGAAAUGAUAUGUUAAAAAAUUAAUAAAAAUGUAUAUUAAAAAAGAGAGAGUUGUUAGGAGACGCCCCCACUAUUCUCCUCACAGAGCUACAAUUCCCAAAGUGGUUCAACAACCAAUCCCUCUUCCUGGGGAACUCCGGGAAUUGUAGCUCCAUGAGGCGCCCUUGACAAAUGACAGCUCCCAGAAUCCUUUGGCGGGAAGCCAUGACGGUUUAAAGUGGCUCCAUUGUGCUUUAAAUGUGAUGGACUCUGGCCUGAAUGCACCCUUCAUGUUGAUAAUAUUCUUAAGGCUAAUUUGUUUCCCACCGUUUCCUUUUUUUAUUAUUAUUAUUAAUUUCAACAUAACAUUUUAUCAAAAAACAUAUCAUACUUAAAUUCCCCCCCUAUUUUUUCCCUCCCUCCUCCCCAAAAUAUAGCCCACCUUCCCCUCCCUCCCCCCUGACUUCCCACAGCUCCUCUCUCUGGUUUAUCAACAUACGUUAUUUUCUGCAUGUUACAAAACUGUACAGAUCCUUGAUUCAUCUAUCUAGAUGUUAUCAAUAAGAAGUUUGUGAAUGUUUAUUCAAAACCUGCCAAGGAGUCCAGUUCAUUUUGUUUUUUCUUUAAAUACUUUGUAAAGGGUUCCCACUCAUCUUUAAAAUCACAGUUAUCCUUGUCAUGUAGUUUGUGUGUCAGUUUUGCCAAUUCUGCCUAGUCCAUCAAUUUCUCUUGCUACAGUUCUUUGGUCUGGAUUUCCUUGUUCUUCCAUCCUUGUGCUAUUAAGACUCUUGCUGCCGUUGUCGCAUACAUAAAGUUUUCAUUUUCCUUGGCAGGUCUUUUUCUACAAUCCCUAACAAAAAUGCUUCAGGUUUUUUGACAAAUGUUAAUUGGAACAUUUUCUUCAACUCAUUAUAUAUCAUUUCCCAAAAAAAAUUAAUUUUACUACAGUCCCACCACAUAUGAUAAAAGGUCCCUUCUUUUUCUUUACAUUUCCAAGACAUAUUUGAAAUGGUUUUGUACAUUCUUCCUAGUUGUACAGGUGUUAUAUACCAUCUAUAUAUCAUUUUCAUAUCAUUUUCUUUCAACAAGGAGCAAUUUGUAAAUUUUGCUUCCCACCGUUUCUUAAUGUAAAUAUUUAAAAAUUAGUGUAACCCGCCGUGGGACAUUAUGGUGAAAGGCAGGUAAGAAACUGAAAUAAGAAUAAAACAGUUCCAGGAUCGGAGGCAAUUUCCCAUCAGUUGGUGGGAAUCGCAAGUAGGGAGAGCGCUGCUGAGUUUGACCCCUGGGAGGGCAGAAUUGCUCUUCUGAUGUUAUGAUGGAACCUCCAGUCCAGUGUUAGUCUACCUCGAUUCCUAGGUUCAGAGAGGUUUAUGGGACACUGUCAGAACAGGAUGCUGGACUAAAUGGGUGUCUGGAGCUGAUCCAGCUGCAGCAGGCAAGGCUCUCCUUUGGCUUUUUAAAGUCCUUACUCUCUCUCUGUCUCCCAUAUUCUCUCGCCCAAGCACCUUGCAGGACGACUUCAUCAUCAUCCACGAGCCCCAAUACGACAGCGUCCUGGAGUCGGUCUUCAAGACGGAACUGUUGAGCCUGCUCUACAAGCGCUACGAGGAAAGGACCCAAAAGCAGCUGCCAGUCAAGUUCAGCAACCAGUGAGUAGCCGCGCUGCUCCCUUGAGAGUAUUAGUUGAUAAUAAUAAUAAUAAAUUUUAUUUAUAUCCCGCCCUCCGCAGCAGAAGCUGGGCUCAGAGCAGCUAACAACAAUAGAAGUAACACAGCAUUCUAAAAUAAAUUCAUUCUAAAAUCAUUCAAAAUCAAAUUAAUGGCAACCAUUGGGCUAGAGUUCUAUGAGGAUUACCAAAGGAAGAGGUCAGGCUGUGCCCUGGCCAAAGGCCUAGCAGAACAGCUCCGUCUUGCAGGCCCUGCGGAAAGAUGUCAAGUCCCGCAGGGCCCUGGUCUCUUUGGACAGAGCGUUCCACCAGAUCGGGGCCACAACCGAAAAAGCCCUGGCUCUGGUUGAGGCCAGCCUAACCUCCCUGUGCCCUGGAACCUCCAAGAUGUUUUUGUUUGAAGAUCGUUCCUCCGUGGGACAUACCAGGAGAGGCGGUCCCGUAGGUAUGAGGGUCCUAGGCUGUAUAGGGCUUUAAAGGUUAAAACCAGCACCUUAAACCUGAUCCUGUACUCCACCGGGAGCCAGUGCAGCUGGUAUAGCACUGGGUGAAUGUGAUCCUGCAGCGAGGACCCCGUAAGGAGUCUCGCCGCGGCAAUUUGCACCCGCUGGAGUUUCUGGGUCAGUCUCAAGGGCAGCCCCACAUAGAGCAAGUUACAAUAAUCCAGUCUGGAGGUGACCUUCGCGUGGAUCACAGUGGCCAGAUCAGGGCGAGAGAGGUAAAGAGCCAACUGCUUAGCUUGUGGAGAUGAAAAAAUGCCGCCUUUGUUAUAGCUGCAAUCUGCGCCUCCAUGGAAAGGGAGGUGUCGAAGAUUACACCCAAACUGAUGGUCCUGUGGGUUCGGACAAGUGGGGCCGUGUUGCCCAAGUCCCUGCUUCCAGUGGGGAGCCUCUGGGAAUGAAGGCACGAAGGUGAGAGAGAGCCCUCCCCUGUGGGUUUUGCUUACGGGGCUCUAAGAUAGACUGCGCCUGGAUGUGGAGGCUUCUGUGGAAAUAUGACAACCCACCACUGAACAUCCGCAACUACUUUUCUGGGUGAUGCAGAAAGGUGGGGGAGGGGAGUCUACCUUUAACUCCUUGGAGGAAGGAAGGGUUGGAUUCAAAUACAAAUAUUCCACUUGAUCCAGGAGAGGGAUUGUUCGAAAUAAGCCCUGCAAAUGGAAUAUGGGCUAUUGUUCCAACCAUGACUGAUUGUAUUCUUAGCCUGUGGUCCAUGGUGAUCCUAAGCACAACUUCACCCCGAGAAGUAAAUUCCAUUGCAGUCAGACUUUCAUAUAAAAUGAUUAAGGAACAACAGACUGUAAGUCAGUUCCGUUAAUGUUUUAUUCAAUACAGUGGUACCUCGGGUUAAGUACUUAAUUCGUUCUGGAGGUCCGUUCUUAACCUGAAACUGUUCUUAACCUGAAGCACCACUUUAGCUAAUGGGGCCUCCUGCUGCUGCCGCACCAUCGGAGCACGAUUUCUGUUCUCAUCCUGAAGCAAAGUUUAUUAACCCGAGGUACUAUUUCUGGGUUAGUGGAGUCUGUAGCCUGAAGCGUAUGUAACCCAAGGUACCACUGUAUUUGUAUUAUUGAAAUUGUAGCAUUGGAUGGUAUAUUGUAAAACACUUUGAGGAUUUUGGUUUUUUAAAAAAAUAAAUGCAAUAUGUCUAUGUAUAUGUAUGUGUGUACACACACACACACACACACACACACACACACACACACACACACUGUAUUUUCCAUGUAUAAGACUAGGGUUUUUUUACCCAAAAAAUAGGUUUAAAAUUGGGGCUCGUCUUAUACACGGGUAGCGCUGAGGGCUGUCUUCUUAAUUUGGAGUCCCCCAAAAUAAGGGGAGUCUUAUACAUGGGGGUGUCUUAUACAGUGGUACCUCAGGUUACAGAUGCUUCAGGUUACAGACUCUGCUAACUCAGAAAUAUUACCUCAGGUUAAGAACUUUGCUUCAGGAUGAGAACAGAAAUUGUGAGGCGGCGGCAAGGCAGCAGCAGGAGGCCCAUGGUGCUUCAGGUUAAGAACAGUUUCAGGUUAAGAACGGACCUCCGGAACGAAUUAAGUACUUAACCCGAGGUACCACUGUACAGUGGUGCCUCGCAAGACGAAAUUAAUUCGUUCCGCGAGUUUUGUCGUCUUGCGAUUUUUUCCGUCUUGCGAAGCACGGUGUCGGAAAAGUUUUGGAAAAGCUUCAAAAAUCACCAAAGUCUUCAAAAACCUCAAAAAAGGCUCCUCGAAGUCAAGUCGCAACUGUAUUAACGGUGUUAAGAAAAAGGAAACAAACUUGCAAGACGUUUCCGUCUUGCGAAGCAAGCCCAUAGGGAAAAUCGUCUUGCGAAGCUGCUCAAAAAACAAAAAACCCUUUCGUUUUGCGAGUUUUCCGUCUUGCGAGGCAUUCGUCUUGCGAGGUACCACUGUACAUGGAAAAAUAUGGUAUAUUGUAAUAAACAAGCAAACUCAGGUUUUAUUUAUUUUACAUUUUCAUUCCCACCCUUUCUCCGAAGGAAUUCAGGGUGACGCGUGCGGUUCAUGCAAAACCACCCCCAUGUUAACAACCACCCCCAUGUUAUCCUCACAACGACCCUGUGAGGUAGGUUAGGAAGAAAUAUAGCGGGUGGUCCGAGGUCACCCAGUGACUGCUAUCUUUUAAUAUAUCUCUUUUUCUCAUCUCUCCCUCUCUCUAUUUUUCUCUCCUCUGCCCCAGGCUGGAGUUCAAGGUAAAGAAAGACGGUUGGGGUCCCUGGGGGGCUGCCGGAUCCCGCCAGAUCCAGUUCCAGAUCUGCCAGGGGGACUUGACUCUCCUGCGCAACAACGGCAAAGUGCUGGUGGUCAGCAUCGGGCCUGGCUUGCCCCGCAACGCCCGUGAGUCUGGGGGCAUUUUGCGGGGGGGUGACGGUUAUUGUUCCCAAGAGGAGAGGACCUGAGGAGGGGAAGGAAUAGCCCUAGACCCUGAUCAAGAUAUUGCUCAAUGGAUCUAAGUCAACAAGACAGUUCUUUAAUUAUUUUAUUUAUGUCCUUUAAAUUUCCCCCGAGAACCCCAAAAUACAUUCUGGAAGCCUGCAUUCCCGUACACCUCUCCCCACACACAAUUUAUAGCAGUGUGCCUUUGCAAAACGUACUAUUAUUAAGUGACCCACCAGAAACCUUUGGAACUGGUAUUUCAAAUUCGUUAUUUCAACCCUCCCAUUUUGCGUUGACAAUAUCGGGAUGUAACGACUGCGUGCUCAAGGUCUUUGGGGGUGUGGAUUGCCCUCCGACAGUGCCGAAUUUACGUGUAAGCUAAACAAGCUAUAGCUUAGGGCCCCACUCUCUUGGGGGGCCCUAGAAAAAUUAAAGGAAAAACUGGGUGUACAUUUCCAAUAUAAGAUAAAUAAAUAUAAGAUACAGUGGUGCCCCGCAAGACGAAUGCCUCGCAAGACGAAAAACUCGCUAGACGAAAGAGUUUUCCCUUUUUUUAGUCGUUCCGCAAGACGAAUUUCCCUAUGGGCUUGCUUCGCAAGACGAAACGUCUUGCGAGUUCUUGCGAGUUUGUUUCCUUUUUCUUAAAGCCGCUAAGCCGUUAAUAGCCACUAAGCCGCUAAUAGCCGUGCUUCGCAAGACGAAAAACUCGCGGAACGGAUUAAUUUCGUCUUGCGAGGCACCACUGUAGAUAAAACCUACAUACAGCAACAGUGUUUUGUGUUGUGUAUGGACCUAUUAGGUCCAUAAAUUACCAUAUAGCAUAAAUUCAACACAGAAAACAGUGACAAUUUGUUGUUGACAAAGGACAUAUAAAGGGCCCCAUUACCGUCCGUAGCUUAGGGACUCAUCAAACCUAAAUCCGGCUCUGACCUCCGGCGAGCUUUUGAGUCGGACGGCGCUGAGGGCACCUUUAAGGGCUGCUGGCCCGUGCUGGGUGGGUUCCCAGGGGAUCGGGGCCACCUCCCCUCCGAGAGCUGACAGUGGGACCCCCUGAUUUCAGGACCUACCCGGAAAGACACCAGGAAAAGUCGGAGCCUGGGCAGGGGAACCUCACCUGGUUGGAAUACCCCGAACACAACAGGUAAAAAAUGUUUCCUUGUGGGGGGAGAGGUCUAAGAUGGGGGUGUAGAGGCAGGAUUGGAGGAAUUCAAUUCCCCCUCCACAUGGGCAUCCAAGAACAUGCGAAGCUACCGGCGAUAGGGGGUUAGGCUGGAUGUCCUUUUAAGAUCCCAUUCUCUAUCCUUGUACAAGGUUCAUCCUGCCCUGUAUUGUCUCCUCUUCCAGGGAUCAGGCCAGGUGGGGAGGGAGAUUCUCCCAGAGUCCCACUUGUGGCCUCUUCCCAGCCUUGGCGUGCUGAGUGUCCUGGGUUCAAAUUCAGACAUCUCCAGAUUUUUAAAAGCCCAGCUUAGGAGAGCUGCCUGGAUCCCAGAAGGGUUUGUCUCUUCCUGACAACCUCAGGAGAAGACACCUUUAUUGCAGGUCAAGUUAGGACAGCCCGGGUCAACCUGCCGCUCCCUCCAGAUUGGAUUAAACGACAGCUUGCAUCCCCGUCUCUGACCAUUGGUCCUGUUUGGGGAAGGCUGUGUUACAGGGGAUGGUUUGGCUGUUUGCUCUGAGGAUAUUCCAUAGCAGAUACUCAAGAAUUCAGGAAGACGGAGAACAAACUCAACUCCUAACACCCAAAAUAUUUGGGGUGAAGGAGGGUGGUUAAAAAGGAGCAACCCAGCUAGAUAGGCGGGGUAUAAAUAAUACAAUACAGUGGUACCUCGGGUUACAUACACUUCAGGUUACAAACACUUCAGGUUACAGACUCCGCUAACCCAGAAAUAGUACCUCAGGUUAAGAACUUUGCUUCAGGAUGAGAACAGAAAUCGUGUUCCGGCGGUGCGGCAGCAGCAGGAGGCCCCAUUAGCUAAAGUGGUGCUUCAGGUUAAGAACAGUUUCAGGUUAAGAACGGACCUCCGGAACGAAUUAAGUACUUAACUCGAGGUACCACUGUGAUAAUAAUAAUUAAUGUGCUCAGGAACUGUGAAGAAGAAUCUACCCAAGCCGCCGAGAACUUUGAUCUGUUUUUAGUAGCUGUAACUUUCUGUAUGUUUUAAAGCAUCGUUGUACAUCAUUAUGGAUUUUAUUGUUUUGCGAACCGCUUUGAUGCUUGUUUACAAUCAAGCGGUGCGUGUAUUUUAUGAAAUAACCAGCCAAACGGCGACCCACGUUCCCCUUGCAAAGGGUCGGGCGUUGACUCUCUCUUAUCUAUCCCUCCCCCCCGGCAGGGUCAAAGUGGGGCAACCGCGGGGGUGGCAAUGUGGGAACCAGGCCCCCCUUCCAGCAGCGCCUUUCGAUGACCAGGCAGGUCAGCAUGGAGCAGCCCAGUUUGCCCCGCCAGGGGGCCAGCCCCAGAGCGAAAGUCCUGCCGACUCAGCUGAACCUGGAUUUCAUGAACGUCCCGGACCAAGGCGUGGCUGGGUGAGCGAGCUGAGUAGACGGUCGUUGGACGUCGCACUUUCCUGAUGCUAGACUGAGACUUUGCUUCUCUCUUUCUCUCGCACUCUGGAUUACAGAACUAAAUCUUGCCUUCCUUCUCUGAUUUUCAUGCUCAUUGCCUCCGACUCCUUUGAGCUUUGCCCAAACCAUUUGAUUGACAGUUUUAAGGUGACCAGUAGGCUGCAAAAAAACACCACCACCCCAAAACCAGAAAAACGUAUUGCCUUAAAACUCAGGUCUUUGGCAAGCUCAGCAGUUUGCCACUUUGCCGUGUAUCUCAGGUCUUUUCUGUGUGUUUCCUUACUCUCUGGGCCAGGAAAGGAGUCAGCUUGUGGGGACGCGGGUGGCGCUGUGGGUUAAACCACAGAGCCUAGGACUUGCCGAUCAGAAGGUCGGCGGUUCGAAUCCCCGUGACGGGGUGAGCUCCCGUUGCUAGGUCCCUGCUCCUGCCAACCUAGCAGUUCGAAAGCACGUCAAAGUGCAAGUAGAUAAAUAGGUACCACUCUGGCGGGAAGGUAAAAAGCCUUUCCAUGUGCUGCUCUGGUUCGCCAGAAGCGGCUUAGUCAUGCUGGCCACAUGACCCGGAAGCUGUACGCCGGCUCCCUCGGCCAGUAAAGCGAGAUGAGUGCCACAACCCCAGAGUUGGCCACGACUGGACCUGAUGGUAGGGGUCCCUUUAACUUGUGACUUGCAUAUUUCGUUGUUUUAAGGACUCUUGUUUAGGCCAGGAAACCUGCAGCUGUCCCAUAAUGGUCACUCACCAUUGGCCAUGCUUGCUGAUGGAUCUGAAGGGGGUUGGACUAGAUGGGGCCUGAUCCAGAUUGCCAGGCUGCUCUUAGGUCCUUCUGGAACCUCCAGGUCCAAAAGCAGUCUAUUGAGAGUCCUAAGUUCCAAAGGGCAUUUGGCCACUGUGAGGACUGGAUGGUGGCCUGAUCCGGAAGGCUCUUCUUAAGUUCUCAGGAGUUGUCAUUCAGACCCGUCAGGAGGGCCAAAGGCUCUCCCCGCACCCCACCAGCUUUGGAAGAAGGCCUUCCUUUCUGGUUGAGGUUGGGAUGUGGCAGAUCAUUUCAGCAGAAUUAGGUGGGAAAGGAGGAGCGCUUCCGUUUGCUCCAAACCCGAUGCUGACCUCUCUUUUCUCCAGCCUCCAGAGGCGCCUGUCCAAGGAAGCGAAGCCCAUCCCAGGAGGAGGCCGGGCCAAGCCCAAGCCCAAACCGAAACCUCAGCCAUGCCUCCCCCAGUGCAGGGCCCUGUACGCCUACGACGCCCAAGACACAGACGAGCUCAGCUUCAAUGCCAACGAGUUCAUUGAAAUAAUCAAGGAAGGUAAGCUUUCGGGGGUCUUUUCUUGGCGAGGUGCGUGUGUUGAAUGAACCCCGUUUCCCUGCCCAACUUGAGUUCAGCGGCUGUUGUCCAUGAUAGCUACUGGAGCCUCCAGGUUCAGGGGCAGUCUAGCUCAGAGUCACAUCCAAAACGAGAUGGCAGCUGAGAUGGACCCAUUAUAGCCUGCUCUAGUGAAACCACUCCUGUAAUUUUUAAAUAAAGUCUACCCAUUUUUCUUAGACAUCUAGAGAGCACCACAUUAGCCAGCCCUGGUUUAUUCGUUUAUUUCAACAAUUUGUAUGCCACUUAAUUGCCAGGAGUUGGAAUAGAUGAUCCUUUGGGUCCCUUCCAGCUAUACAUUUCUACAAAUUACAGGUGUUGUACAAUAAACAGAGAAAAUCAGAAAUGAUUUUAAAUGCCUGCUGGAAUUUUUUAAAAGGCAGCUUUUGAAGACAGUGGGGGCUGUCUAAUCUCAGACAGAAGGUCCACAAAAUGUGGCUUCCACAGUAAUGAAUGCCUGGUACCUGGCUGGAUCUAUCAAUUGUAGAUAAUGACUGACUACAGUUUCUAUCAUCCCUGCCCCUGUGUUAAGUGGAGGUGAUGGGAGCUAUGGCCCAAAAACAUCUGGAGCUCCCCAUGUUCGUAAUCCCCGUCGUAAGCUCUCGGAGGCAGGAGGAACCUCUGUGUACAGGGGCAGUCUAGCUGAGCACCAGGUGCAGCAAGCGGCAGGUGGGAGUGUGAAUGUUCUGCUUCUGGUGUCCUCUUAUCCGCUGGCUCCUUCUGGGAAAUUCGGGAGCUGUAUGGGACUGACUUCUGGUGUGAUCCAGCAGAGCUGUCCCGAUAUCUGAGCUCCUGAUUCUUAUUCCGCCUGUUUGCAGACCGUUCUGGCUGGUGGCAGGGCCGCAUCCGUGGCAAAGAAGGUUUGUUCCCGGGGAACUACGUGGAGAAAAUCUGAGACGGGCAGACGACUCUCAGCGUUCUCUUCCUAGACUGCCCCCCUCCACCAGCUGCUGUGGACUUUGCAGGCUAGAGAAGGAACUUUGGCCAGCAAAAAGAGCUGCUUCGUGGCUUGGGAGACACCUGCCUUUCUCUGUUCCAUUGCACAAGAACAAGGGGUGUGUGUGUUUAUUUUAUAUAUAUAAAUGGCUGCCUUUGAAAGCCAUGACAAUGCCAGCAUGGCUGAACUUUGAAAUCAAGAACAGGGUGGGAAAGCACAGGCCUCCUUUUUUACCCCUCCAGUGGAAGGCGUUUUGUCCAUGAAAACGGGCAGGUUUUUGUUUUUAAGCUUCCAAGCAAGAAAGCCUGUUGUCGCAGGGGGAGCGGUUUGCAUUCUGCAUAUACACCAUGACCGUACGGGAGUCACAGGAGCUCCCUGCAGAAUCCUGCUGAGGCCAAGCAAGCGCUGGCAUUUAAGCAGGAGCGGGACCACAGAACCUGCGUGCGAAAUAAAUUAUGUGCAUCAGGAACCCUUUUCUGUAAAUGGGUUUUAUUUGAUGAAAAUGUGGGUCGCUGUAUCCUGCCUAAUUUCUCAGCAAAGGCCCUGCCCUACCCCCCUGCAGUGCAGUCCCCACGCAUUUCCCAAACGGGGGCGGGGGGCAUUUCAUUGCUUCUACUUUGGGAACCAGAGCAGGUAAUCUGGGAUUACAAAUUCCAAGAAGCUUUGGAGGAUAAAUUGCGAAAGCUUCUUGGAAAGACACGUUGCCAAAGGGCUCCUGCACCUUUUAACAGCCGAGGAAGGAAUUUUCAGCAGGUGUGGCGUGAAGCGGGGACUGCACAGGCUGGAAUUACCUGUUCUAAAAGUGCAGGAAUGCCGUCAUGUUUUUGUUCCCAUCUGGCUACCUUCGAAGGAUCUUAGAAUUGGGAGUUGCAAGGUCUGGAAUGGCUUUGUGGUUGCAGUUUGCAGUGCUCAAAGUUGUAGAGAAAGGAAGUCUAUGAGUUACAUUUAUUCGUUUAUCUAC